AUGAAUGUUUCACUGAAAACUACAAAAGACUGUUCUCUUCCCCUGUAUCAAGGUAUUGCUUUGAUAACAGCCAACGCCAUUGUGUGCGUAUUUGGUUCACUGGGCAACUUACUAGUUUGCUUUGCCAUUGUCACAAAUCCUCGACUUCGUCGAUGCUCAAACUACCUUCUGUUCAGCUUAGCCAUUGCAGAUUUGAUCGUCACCUUGGUAUGUGAGCCCCUUCUUUUGGAAAUGUUCUACAAUCGAACAUUUGUUCACGGGUGCAAACCAAGCCUGGAAAGACUGUAUUCUAUUUUAGCCAAUCUCUCCUGCUCCGCUUCAGUCGUUCAUUUGGCCUGUAUUAGUGUAGAUCGAUUUAUCGCCGUUGUGUUUCCUCUGCACCACGAAAUCGUUAUGAAGAAAUGUGGAUUAAAGAUUAUGUUGAUAGCAUCUUGGGCUUUCCCGAUUUCAGCGCCCAUUCUAAUGGUUGUUCUCCCACCCUCCUUUCCCAAAGGGUUCUUGGCGAUUGCUUCGUUUGCCUUCAGCUAUUUUGUUGUUAUUUUCUCAUACCUUUUGAUUAUGGUGUUCUUGCUCAUCCACAAGCGAAAAAGGAAGCGGCUGCGGGCUCGGGCAGUUUCUGUUGAUCCUUCACCACACAUGGAGAUCCGUGUUGCCUGCACGCUGGCCAUUGUGAUCGGCGUUUUCACGGCUUGUUGGGUCCCGGUAAUGACCUUAUUGUUUGCUGCCGGUAAACCAUUGAUGAAGCAAAACGGCCCUCUACACAUGUGGCUCCGGACCUUGGCUCUGUCGAACUCAGCCAUGAAUUUUCUGAUUUACUCUGCAAGAAUCCGUGACUUUAAAGACUCAUACGCAGCUAUCUUUCGAAAGAUGUGCCGUCUGUAGAGUUUGUUGCGAACCUAACUCAUAAAUACUUGCAUGAUGUCGCCAAUAUGUAUAUGACAUUCUUUAAGGUGCAGAAGUUCUCGAUUCCUUUGCUAUGUCAUUAAAAUAACUUCAAUUACUUAGCAGUAUUUACAAUAACAACUCCUCACAAGGCUAUUUGCUCAUUUUACACGUUUAUACUCAGAGUAUCAAUUGCCCUUGGAAGUUCAAUGUACAGUAUUCCUCAAUAAACAUGUCCAAUUUUAGAGCAAUUUUGUCGCUUUACCUUAUUUUUGUUUUUUUAGUUUAUUGAGUAUCGCUCGCAGUUAUAACAGAUAAGCACCUUGAGGUAUUUUCUCUAGAUCCGGAGGACUUGUGAACGCAGCACUAACUCUAAUUCAGGGCGAGUCAGUAAAAAUGACUGAUUCAAUAUAUGACCAUUAUGAAUGAUGUGAAUUUAAUGGGGAUAUUGAUCGAAAAAAGAUGAUGGCAAUAACAAUCCAUCCAGAUUAAAGUUAAGAACUAAUAAGUGCUACUUUUUCAUGAUGGUUUUUGUGGCCGGUAGAAUUAAAUAAAAAAUACUUGCAGAAAAUAUUGUUAGCAAGGCAAUACUAAUAUGCAGCUCUUGUAGUUGUCAAUCUGGCUGAUUUAAGUGCAGUGUUCUUAUCAAUUGACCUUUUGAGAUAUUGAGAAUGUAAGUUUCUUUCUUACGUCAACAGACUGUAUACGGGUAUUUCGAAAUAUCUAGUAUUAGUAAAAUCCAACUGGUCUAUUAUCAAUGCUGCGUUCUGACUGGUUGAGCUAUUACUAGAUUAUAUGUUAUACGGCCCACUAGGAGUGAAAAGCGCCGGCUUUGAAAACUAAAACAAUGGUGGCUGAAUCGCGUUUUUUCUGGCUAAAGUUGUUUUGUCUUGAUAUUUUUGACCAACUAGUUAGAUUUUCCUGAAACAAUUAUUCCUCGAGUCCGAAUGGGCUCUGAGUCAAUAGCCCAUGAGGCCGAACUAAGAGGCCAUGAGGGCGAGACGAAUAAUUGCUAAAUAACUAACCUACAUAAAUGCUUAUGAUAUACGAGGUAAAGAAGGUAAUGCUGUGUUUGCGACUUGCAGAGCACCAGCCCAAGUGACGUGCACAAUGAACGUUCCAUUGGCAAACAGAAACGGUUGUCCUCUACCAAUGGCACAGAGUAUUCCACUAAUCACGAUCAACACGUAUGCGUUUUGGGAUAACUUGGAAACUUUCUUGUUUGUUUGGCCGUUGGCUCGCCUACGCCGAGACCCAAACUAACUCCUACUCAGCUUAGCAAUCGCUGAUCUAAUCGACACCUUGAUAUGCCGGCCACUUCUUCUGGAAUACAUCAGCCAGAGAACAUUCUUCCAUAAGCGUACAACAAACCUGAAAGCACUUGCCUUCGGCAUUUUGGUCAGUCUUUCAUGCACCUUUUCAGUUUUACAUUUAGUGGCAAUCAGUACUGAUCGUUCUGUUGUCGUUGUGUUUCCACUGCGUUACAAAAUUUUCAUGAAGAAAUCCGUUCGAACAGUUUCGUUGAAACUGACUUUCCGAAUGGAGUUCCGAGUUGCUUGCACACUGGCUAUUGCAAAAGGCGCUUUCACCGUUUCUUGGUUUCCUAUACUCAUUGUGUUUGAAACUAAAAGACCCAAAAUAACCAGCCCUCUACACAUGUGGCGCCUAACUCUGGCUAGGUUAAACUCAGCCAUGAACUUCUUGAUUUACUCUACUAAAAUGCAGGACUUUAAAGACUCAUACAUCGGUAUCUUACGACAGAUGUUCCGCCUGUAGAGUGGUCAAACUACUUUAGAAGGGAACUCGUUAUGAAAAAAGUUAUUUUUAAUUAGUAUUUCAUAACAUGAAGUGUCAUUACUUGUUGCCUGUUAUUAUAUGCACAAUAUUUUUAGUUCAUAAUAUAUAGAUUUAGCCAGGAAUAAGAGCGAAGCUCUCGAAAAUAUUUAUAGUUUGUUCAAACAAAAUAUGAAAUCGUGCAAUGCUAAGCGGGGAGGGCAUGCAACGCCGAAAAACGAUGAAAAACAACAAUAGGUCUAAUUAGCAAAAGUUGUUUUGCACGACUACAACUUGGAACUUCCAGAAAAUUCUUAGUUACACGUUUUAUGGAGGAAAUGUCGUACGUGUUCCAGUUCACUUUUUUUCACUGCCGCUCAUUUUCACCUUGCAUUGUCACCGCCGCUACAAAAUUUUCCUGUUGUUCUUCCAACAAAAAAAUGUCUCCUUUGUUUUUUAUCUCUCGCUCUAAAUCCCUGUCGCCCUUUAUCUCUUUGAGCUUCGCUGGCCUGCCGCCCACUUCCUCUUUUCCUCUGUCUUUGUCUUGCUCUAUAUUCCAAAUUUGUGGACAUGACAAUUUAUCUAAGCUUAAUACUCUAGACAACAAGGAUACAGAAACAAUUUCCGCUUUCCGUUUUCGUCUUUAUUGACUCUUUUGUUGUCUCUGCGCUACAAGACGCCGGUGGCUAUGCGAUUUCCCGCCAAAAUAACCUCGAGUCGCAUUUGGGUUACCAUACCUGCUGAUUGAGGUAUUUUACAUUAAUAUGCCUGUGGUGCGGAUGGACGGUCUCUCAGGCGGGUGGUUGGUGUACGGUCAUAUGAUUACCAAAUUUUCUCGGAUGGCAUGGUGCUCCGCUUGCGCGCUUCGCGCGCAAGGACUCUUCUAUUAGGGGAAACGAAGUGGCAAACUGAGCAGCGCAAUAAACUGCUUUCUGGUAACGAUCUGACAUCAGCCUGGGGCAUUCAAAAACCUUCAUUUAUUAUUUUAAAUUCAUUUAUUUUGUAAAAUAUCUGCUUCGAGUACCAAAUACUGUUCAGAAAUGUUAAUAAUUUUCUUUUCUAGGUAUCUGUUUGGAUGUACAGAAGAUAUUCGGAGCUAUUCCAGCAAAUUCUGCUUUCCGCAAUUGGCAAGCAUAUAAGUAAAAGAUUCCGUAAAAGGAAAUAGCCAUGAGAAAAUCUCACGUUUUUGCGCUAAACUUUGAAUAGUCAUAUAGAAUUUACGGAAAAUGAUAGGAAAGUCCUAGUAAGUUCCAAGAAACUAAAGCUGUCCUAGAACGCUAGAAUUAAACAGAUUGAGAAACCCUGGUACAGGUUGGCGGGUAUUGCUUUUGGCAAGAAACUAAAAACGAAAACAAACAUUCUCUCUAGUAUUGUUAUCAAAAAUGCAUUGGCCCGCGGAAGGGCAAUCCGGAGAGGCCUUCCCAUUAAUUUAAAACUCAGUUAUUUAGUGCAUUUUGAUGAGGUACAUGAUAAUCAACGCCGUGCUAGCUGCUUUCCUAUCAUUACUCGUGGAAAUUAAAUUACCACGCUUCAACGGAGCAUGAGGUCGCUAAGUUGAUAUAGUAAGUUGUAAGAAGCACUGACUGUAACUAGACGACUUUUGGCUAUAACCAUUAGGACCUCAGUUUCCCGGCUAAGCUCGCGGGGCUUUCCAACUCUAUGUUGGUCAAAUCCGGUAGUUGUAAUUGCUAACGCAUUGAUCGAUGUUAAACAAAUGGGGAUAUUAAUCGCAAAAUGACCAUUAUCGUAAUAAUACAUCUUCCAGUGUCUGAGCGUUUUCUCGCAAGUUCUGAUUGGUCGAGAGCUACUUUCAAAUUCCAAGUGCAGACUAUGGAAAAGACGAAAUGGCGACGCAGUUUCCUCUUUCUCUCCCAGCGCGUGUGUCCUAGAAACUUUAAAAAAUUGGACGUCAAAAGUUGUCAAUCGAUGUUACCGUAAAAAAACUCGACAGAAUUUUUCCGGGAUCUAAAACUCCCAACUCCUAAUUCCACUAGAGUUUUAAACAUUUUGACGUCAUUUUUAUGGUAGAUAAUUAGGAGUGCAGACUAUGGGAAUUUGUUGUCGAUUUGUUAAAUCAAUGCAUAAUCCAUCACGGUUAAAAAUAAGAUUUGAUAACAACUAUUUUCUGACGUUCGGAUACUCACAAGGUCAGCCCUGGGAGGUAAACCAAAGACAGACAGCACGUGCUAACUGCAGGAAAUGCUGUUGGUAAGGCAGUAUUACAUUCUUUUGUUGCGGAUGUCAGUCUGGCUGAUCAUAGUAUAUUGUUAUCAUUCGGUAGUUUGAGAGUUUCAGAAUGUCUGUUUCUUGCUCACGUCAGUCGCACUAAAUUCAUUCAAUGUUGAACGGCUCGGCAUGUUUGACAAUUUUUGAGAUGGUGACGUAUUGUGUACUAACUGUUUUGGUGACAUGGUAUCUUUUAUAUUUAUUCCAUAACAAUGUUGUCUGGUUUGCUUUUGGCGUGUCUGGUUUGCUUUUGUCUUCUUGUCCUAAAGAUAUACCCCAUUUGUUUUGUCACCGCAUGUUACGCUUGCAUAUGCGCGUACCUAACACACACCAUUCUCGAUUUCGUCAACUUAAACCUGCUUUCUUUUAUUUUAUAGGAAAAUUCAUUACCUGACGAGGGAAUUCCACGUUAAAUUGCACGCGAAAACCGAUAUCGCACGAAUCGCGAAGCCAUGAGUGCGAUAUCGGUUUUCAAGUGCAAUUUAACGUGGACUUCACGAGUCAGGUAAUGGAUUUUCCUUGAAUCGCAUAAUCGAAUAAAAAUCAGAAAAAAAGAAAACAGCAAUAAUAUUGUUUGUUUUUAUCCUGAGCGCGCGCUCCAGAAAGCCAUUUCAAAGUCAACUGUCAGAACUGUCAUUGCGUUAGCGAAUAGGAAGCAAUUAGGUCACGAAGUAGGGUCGUACACGUUUGAACCUUCGACAACUUUUUUUUGUACCUUGUGCUUGUUUUUAGAGUUGUUUUUAAACUUUUUUUACAUGUAAACAAGCUUCACACUAAUCGUAAGGAUAAAUAAAGGGAUUUCACUGAAUUUACAGGCCGUUUAUCUAUAACAUCUUUUUUCAAAUUGGUCAUUUGCUCGCGAAGGAAAAUAAUUUACACCUUUUACCUCUUCGGUGGCAAAACUGAAAGAAAUGAAGUGUCGAAGCGAUAGCAUUGAAAGUUGAACGUCGCCAUUUAUAUAAGGUAAGUACCUUCAAAUGUUUUAGAAAUGCUGUUUAAGUUCAGCUCUGUUUUGUACUUUUCUAAGUACCACGAUUCAGGACGACUACAAGCGGCGUACUCUUUUUCGUGUUUUCAAGGGCCAUGUCGUCUUUGAAGGUAUUUAUUUCUUCUUCUGUAUAUGUGACAAUCGACCCUGGCACUUCCUCCGUCGGCGCUUCUCCGUUUUGUUUGGUUGAACUUUGGCUUGCCAUUUUCUGGGCCGUGUUCACAGCAUUUUCUUGUUUUCUGGUUGUCGCUAACGAAAGAGGUUUUUAUGCCUCUCCAAGAAUUUGUGGUUCAGUUCAAAACAAGGAAGAACCUCCGGAUCACUUUAAAAAACGCUUUUGUUUGUUUUUAACUCUUCAAAAGGUGACAAUGAUUUUGAAAACAUUUUAAAAUGACAUUGUAGAAAACCUUUUUUGCAGUUGUUGUGUUAGAAUAUGACGAUAGUUAUUACGUAGAUAACAACUCGCACUCCACAUUAAAUACCUCGCUUCGUUAACCAAUCAGAAUGCAAGAUUUUACUCAAUUAAGCGAUUCUAUAGAAUAUUUCGUUUGUCUGUGACAAAUACGUAAAUCAUGAAAAAGUAACAUAAAGAGCAGAAAAAUAGACUGACUAUUUGGACUGGUCAAAUUACAGAUAUCUCUUUUUUGUCUUGAUGACCUGUUUAACUCUAAAAAUGAAACUACACAGCCAUGCAUGUUUUGAAAUUCACAACAAAAUCCAAUGAUCUUUUCAGUGAAAGUGUUUCGUUUAAAUGUGUUACAAACUUUUUCCCGUGUAAUUGUGGGUGUCACUCGCCGAUAUAAUGGUGGAAAUCAAGUAAUAUGAUAUUGACCUGAGCAGAUAUUAUGCGUCGACAAUGAAUCGAUUAAGACUAAACUUCACAAACACAAUACCGGUGCAAUGUUUUUAAUGCAGAAAAUGGGUCUUCAACAACAACAACCAAAACAACAACAACUUCGUAAAGUAACAGAAAUAAUGACGAUGCCUAACUUAGUUCAACUAGUCAACAGCCUCUUUAUUAGUUAUCUUUUUUCGACGUUUAAUUCACGUCUUCAUAUUGACCAUAGUCUGGAUUACCCAAGUAAACUAACAACAUACAGUAUAUAUUUGCAUUUAUUACUAAAAGAUAUAUUGCUAGCAGGCAAGUAUUUGCUGUUAUGGCUGCCAACCUCACGUAUCUGAUUAUCGUUAUCAAAACACAUUGAAAGAGAGUUUCAUAAUGUUUAUUUCUGGCUUACGUCUUAGGACUAAAUACAGGUUCUUCUGCGUCAAAAUAGAUCUGAAAUAUCAAAGAGGGCCGUUAACAAAUUUAUUUAUACCUUCCUUCCAAUUUCUUUCUAUUCACAUAUGCUAAGUGUUGGACGCAAAAGGGACUUUAAUCCUGAUUUUUCGCCCGUGCAGUGCAUCAGACCAGACUACAACAUGAAUGAAUCGUCGGAGAAUGUAAACAAUUGUUCUCUUCCCACGGCUCAUGGUAUUCCACUGAUCGCAAUCAAUGUUAUCAUAUGCGUUCUGGGAGGCCGUCGAUGAAACCCGGAACAUGGAACAUUCCGGAACAUGCCGGAACAUUCCGGAACAUUCCGGAACAUCCCGGAACAUCCCGGAACAUCCCGGAACAUGAAAAAAAAUUUAAAAUUUUAAAAAAAUAAUAGCAAGAAAUAAAUAAGACAAUAAAUAUAAACAUAACUAAAGAGCCCAAAAAAUAAAACUAAAGAAAGAAAGAGCAUAUGAGUGAAGGCUCCAAUACUUUCCCGCCAACUCAGCUCAGGAUCACAUGUGUCGUGAAUGCCGAAGGGCCGUUCUUCACGAUAUCACAGUUUUAAAGCAAACAGGGUUUAUUUCACAGCUUCGAUCCUCACAGUACAACGGCUCGCUCACACACUACACAAAAUCGUGCCUUUUUUUAAUCUAUAAGCUUUUGAUUUUAAUGCCAUCUGUCAUCAAGUUCUCUGUCGCUCUGACAGACGAGUGAAACUAUUACUAACAAAAUCAAAGGGAUAAUAAAAUCACGCCAUCUCACAAUCACGCUACACUCUUGCUUCAUAACAACAUGGAAAGCAAACAUGGAUUCAGACAGCAGUUCGGACGAUGACUGCCAGGUAAUUCGUGCAGUUUCCUUUGUUAAAUGUUGCUUUUGUUAUCUUAUAAUGUUUUGUAAGACUUUUUCUUCGCUUUUGAAGAUCACUGUUGUUACAUAUCCUAAACCGGGGACCAAACGAAGUGGAAAAAUCAAGGUGAGUACCCUUCAUUUUCCUGCGAAAGGUACGAUCCCUUGUAUUUUCGUUUCUCAGGAAAAAGGCAAAAUAGAUUACAUUUUUUUAUUCGAGCGAUAUUAAAGCUUACAGUAUUUAUAUGAGAGUCAUGUACCUGCCAACUUUUUUCCGAGCCAAAUGCGUGAGAUUUUCGUCUUGUAAUGACCAGGAUUUCGGAAAUCGUCCCAGCGACUUCCAAAGAUUUUUUUCUGUGUGAGGAAAGCUUAAAAAUUCCCGUCUUCGCAACCCAAUCUACUAUAACUCGCCCAGCAAAUCAAUUCCGACCAAGAGAGGAUAAAGCUUCAUCCUCUCGUGAUUCCCACAAAAUAUUGUUUCCUUAUACUCGGAGAAGAUACUAGAUUCAUUUUCUUUCUUUAUUUUUCGUUUUCAUUUUAUGUAUUUAUGUCUAUUUUGGUUAUAUACAAAGUAUAUUUAUUGUCUUAUUUAUUUCUUGCUAUUAUUUUUUUAAAAUUUUAAAAAAUUUUUCAUGUUCCGGAAUGUUCCGGCAUGUUCCGGAAUGUUCCAUGUUCCGGGUUUUAUCGACGGCCGUUCUGGGAUCACUUGGAAACUUCCUGGUUUGUUUGGCCAUUACUACAAACUCUCGCCUACGCCGAGCCUCAAACUACCUUUUAUUUAGUUUAGCAAUCGCUGAUCUAAUCGUCACUUUGGUAUGCGAGCCACUACUCUUGGAAGUAAUAAUCCAGAGAACAUUUUUCCAUGAGUGCACAAAGAGGUUGGAGCGUACGUACUCCAUUUUAUCCCAAAUUUCGUGCAGCAGUUCAGUUUUCCAUAUGGUUGCAAUCAGUUUUGAUCGUUUCGUUGCCGUUCUGUUUCCACUACGCCACAAGAACUUCAUCGAGGGAUGUGGACUUAAGUUUAUGCUUAUAAUAUCCUGGUCAUUGCCGAUUCCUUUGACUGUUUUGAGGUCUAUCUUUCCGCCGGCCAUCUAUCCUGCCCACUUUAUCUCAUUGGGAACUUUUGCCUUCUGCUAUUUCUUGAUUUUCUUUUUCUAUUUUCUAAUCGUGCUAUUUCUGCUCCACCACAGAAAGACAAGAAAGCAACUAGGUGCCCGAACAAAUUCUGUGAAAGUGACUUUCAGGAGGGAGGUCCGUGUAACUUGCACACUGGCUAUCGCAAUCGGCGUUUUCACGGUUUGUUGGGUUCCUCUGAUGACUGUAUUCUUUGCCACCGGAAAAAUAAUUAUAAAUCAAAACGGCUCUCUACUCAUGUGGCUCCGAACCCUAGCUCUGUCCAACUCAGCCAUGAACUUUCUGAUCUACUCUGCUAAAAUCCGGGACUUCAAAGAGGCAUACGUUGAUAUUUUUCGAAAGAUGCUCCGCCUGUAGUAUAGAGGUCUUAACUUACGGUUUCAAGAACUCAGAAAGUUUUAGGAAGCUGAACUUGUGAGCAGUCCUAAUCUUUAUCUUUAAGGUUAUUCAGUGCUUUAGAAACGUGAACCCUCAGCACUUUAGUCCUGCCUGGCAUUAUCUAUUUCAAAGGAGAAGCCGAUCUUACAAUCCCGCCAGUUGUUCAAGAAACUGCACUUUGGCAAUAAACCGACGUCAGCCAGGGGCACCAGACGAAUUAUUCGCUGCCGAAGUGUAAAAUAUCCGCUAAAGGGAGUGAAUAUUAUCUGAAAAGCUCCAAAGAAAGAACAGAAAGACUAACUCUUCCAGCGCCCCAUUCACACCGUAGCUUAAACAUGUUUAAAAGCUGUUUGUUUAAACACGGUUUAAAUUUUUUUCUUUCAUAAAAUUAUGAGCUGCUUACUAACUUAUGGGUUAAUUACAAAUUUAGUGCAAAUUACAAGACGUGAUGAAUUUUAUAUGAAUCCUGUACUGUAAAACCUGGUUUAAUUAAACAUGUUUAGUUGUUUGUUAAUAGGGCAUUGGUGUUUGCUGCAUUUCCGAGCUUUUUCGGAGCUGUAGUACACUCCACUUCCCUACAAUUUUCUGAAGUAGGGAUUUUCACGCUUUAAUCACCAGAUUUGGAUAAUAUCUUGAGAAAGGUCCCCUAGUAGCAUCGGGAAGGAUAGGGGAAGUCCUCAAAGGAGAGUACCUCUAGGAAAGUUAGCGUAGAAGUGUGCCGCCGAGGCCCUCACACCCUAACCCUGUUUUUACGGCAAGAAACAAAUUUUGUGACUUCAUUUUGCUACCCUAUCCUUAUCCUAUGACCCUGAUUCGUUUCAUUUUGCAUUCAAACUAACCUCAUGGAACUGAAUUUUUUAAGAAAAAAUUGUUGAUACCACAGAUGUAGACCGCUCCACGCCAAUCUUCACACUCUUUUAAAGGAUUGCGGUCCAAGAAGACAUUUCUUCAAGACGCUAAAUUGGGAAAUUUUAUGCCCCGUUUAAGACUAAAGACCCUGAUCAAACAAGGCCAUGCCUAAUGUAUUUUGGUAUAAUUACAUUGAAGAUAUUACAGAAGAUAUUGGGAGCUUUCCUAUCAAAUUCUGCUCCCCGCAAUUAGCAACCAUAUAAGUAAGAGAUUCCGUAAAAGGAAAUAGCCAUGAUAAAAUCUCACGUUUUCGCGCUAAACUUUGAAUAGUCAUAUAGAAUUUACGGAACAUGAUAGGAAAGUCCUAGUAAGUUCCAAGAAACUAAAGCUGCCCUAGAACGCCCGAAUUAAACAGAUUGACAAACCCUGGUAUAGGUUGGCGGGUAUUGCUUUUGGCAAGAAACUAAAAAAGAAAAGAAACCUUCUCUCUAGUAUGGUCGUCAAAAAUGAAUUGGCCCGCGGAAGGGCAAUCCGACGCGGCCUCCCCAUUAAUUUAAAACUCAGUUAUUUAGUGCAUUUUGAAGAGGUACAUAAUAAUCAACGCCGUGCUAGCUGCUUUCCUGUCAUUACUCGUGGAAAUUAAUUUACCACGCUUCAUCGGAGCAUGAGCUCGCUAAGUUGAUAUAGUAAGUUGUAAGAAGCGCUGACUAUAACUAGAUGACUUUUGGCUACAACCAUUACGACCUCAGUUUCCCGGCUAAGCUCGCGGGGCUUUCCGACUCUAUGUUGGUCAAAUCCGGUAGUUGUAAUAGGCCAUUUUACAGUUGUGGGCUUGGUGUCCUUGCCUUUGAGUGAACGUGAGGCUGACCUUGGUGACCUUGGUGACCUUGCUUUGAUACAGACCUCCUUCCAUUUCUAACGUAAAUUUUGCUAAAAAAAUACUAUUUAGAAUAACAAAAACAUGAUUUACAUAAUAAAGCAAGCAGGGUUGUAUCAAAACAAGGUCAACUCGAGCCUCAUUAUUCCAUCUGUAACUGUAAAAUGGGCUAUUGCUAACGCAUUGAUCGACAUUAAAUACAUGGGGAUAUUAAUCGCAAAAUGACCAUUAUGAUGAUAAUACAUCUUAAGGCAUCUGAGCGUUUUCUCGCUCUGAUUGGUCGAGAGCUAUUUUCAAUUUUCAAGUGCAGACCAUGGAAAAGACGACAUGGAGACGCAAUUUUUCUCUUUCUCUCCCCAGCGAGUGUCCUAGAAACUUUAACAAAAAUAGACGUCGAAAGUUGUCAAUCGAUGUUACUGUAAAAAAAUUGACAGAAUUUUUCCGGGAUCUAAAACUCCCAACUCCUAAUUCCACUUGAGUAGAUAAGAUUACAGACCAUGGGAAAUCAAAUGCAUAAUCCAUCACGGUUAAAAAUAAGAAGUAAUAACAACUAUUUUCUGACGUUCGGAUACUCGCAAGGUCUGCUCUGGGAGUCUAAGGUUGGUAAGGUAGUAUUAACAUUUUUUUGUUGCGGAUGUCAAUCUGGCUGAUCAUAGUAUAUUGUUAUCAUUCGGUAGUUUGAGAGUUUCAGACUGUCUGUUUCUUGCUUACGUCAGUCGCACUAAACUGACAAAGUUGAGAGGGUGAGGUAUUGUGUACUAACUGUUUUGGUGACGUGAUAUCUGUUACAUUUAUUCCAUAACAAAUAUGUUAUGUCUAGUUUGCUUUUGGUGUGUCUGGUUUGCUUCUGUCUUCGUGUCCUAUACCCCAUUUGUUUUGUCACCGUAUGUUACGCUUGCAUAUGCGCGUAUCUAACACACACCAUUCUGGAUUUCGUCAACCUAAACCUGCUUUCUUCCAUUUUAUAGAAUGCUUCGUUUGUCUGAGACAAAUAUGUAAAUCAUGAAAAAGAAACAUAAAGAGCAGAAAAAUAAACUGACUAUUUGGACUGGUCAAUUUAUAGAUAUCUCUUUUUUUUUUCUUGAAGACCUGUUUAACUCUAAAAAUGAAACUACACAGCCAUGCAUGUUUUGAAAUUCACAACAAUUUCAGUGAAAUUGUUUCGUUUAAAUGUGUUACAAACUUUUUCCCGUGUAAUUGUAGGUGUAGCUCGCCGAUAUAAUGGUGGAAAUCAAGUAAUAUGAUAUUGACCUGAGCAGAUAUUAUGCGUCGACACUGAAUCGAUCAAGGCUAAAAACUUCACAAACACAAUACCGGUACAAUGUUUUUAAUGCAGAAAAUGGGUCUUCAACAACAACAACUUAGUAAAGUAACAGAAAUAAUGACGAUGCCUAACUUAGUUCAUCUAGUCAACAGCCUCUUAAUUAGUUAUCUUUUUUCCACGUUUAAUUCACGUCUUCAUAUUGACCAUAGCCUGGAUUACCCAAGUAAACUAUAUAACAACAUGCAGUAUGUAUUUGCAUUUAUUACUAAAAGAUAUAUUGCUAGCAGGGUAGUAUUUGCUGUUAUAGCUGUCAACCUCACGUAUCUGAUUAUUGUUAUCAUGGCGUCUUGAAAGAGAGUUUCAGAAUGUUUAUUUCUGGCUUACGUCCUAGGACUAAAUAUAGGUUCUUCUGCGUCAAAAUAGAUCUGAAAUAUCAAAGAGGGCCGUUAACAAAUUUAUUUAUACCCUCCCUCCAAUUUUUUUCUAUUCACAUAUGCUAAGUGUUGGACGCAAAAGGGACCUUAAUCCUGAUUUUUCGCCCUUGCAGUGUAUCAGGCCAGACGACAACAUGAAUGAAUCAUUGAAGAACGCAAACAGUUGUUCUCUUCCCCCGGCUCAUGGUAUUCCACUGAUCGCAAUCAAUGUUAUCAUAUGCGUUCUGGGAUCACUUGGAAACUUCCUGGUUUGUUUGGCCAUUACUACAAACUCUCGCCUACGCAGAGCCUCAAACUACCUUUUAUUCAGUUUAGCGAUCGCUGAUCUAAUCGUCACUUUGGUAUGCGAGCCACUACUCUUGGAAGUAAUAAUCCAGAGGACAUUUUUCCAUGAGUGCACAAAGAGGCUACAGCGUACGUACUCCAUUUUAUCCCAAAUUUCGUGCAGCAGUUCAGUUUUCCAUAUGGUUGCAAUCAGUUUUGAUCGUUUCGUUGCCGUUGUGUUUCCACUACGGCACAAGAACUUCAUCGAGGGAUGCGGACUUAAGUUUAUGCUUAUAAUAUCCUGGUCAUUGCCGAUUCUUUUGACUGUUUUGAGGUCUAUCGUUCCGCGGACCACCUAUCCUGCCCACUUUAUCGGAUUGGGAACUUUUGCCCUCUGCUAUCUCUUUAUUUUCUUUUUCUAUUUCCUAAUUGUGCUAUUUCUGCUCCACCACAGAAAGAAAAGAAAGCACCUAGGUGCCCGAACAAAUUCUAUGAAAGUGACUUUCAGGAGGGAGGUCCGUGUUGCUUGCACAUUGGCUAUCGCAAUCAGCGUUUUCACGGCUUGUUGGGUUCCUCUGAUGACUGUAUUCUUUGCCGCUGGAAAACUAAUUAUAAAUCGAAACGGCUCUCUACUCAUGUGGCUCCGAACCCUGGCUCUGUCCAACUCAGCCAUGAACUUUCUGAUCUACUCUGCUAAAAUCAGGGACUUCAAAGAGGCAUACGUUGAUAUUUUUCGAAAGAUGCUCCGCCUGUAGAGGUCUUAACUUUUACUACUUUUUCAAGAACUCAGAGAGUUUUAGGAAGCUGAACUUGUGAGCGGUCCUAAUCUUUAUCAAAAGAUUACUUCAGUGUUUUACAAACGUGACGUCUCAGUACUUUAGUCCUGCCUGGCAUUGUCUAUUUCAAAGGAGAAGCCGGUCUCACAAUCCCGCCAGUUGUUCAAGAAACUGCACUUUGGCAAAAAACCGACGUCAGCCAGGGGCACCAGACGGAUUAUUCGCUGCCAAAGUGUAAAAUAUCCGCUAAGGGGAGUAAAUAUUAUCUGAAACGUUCCAACGAAAGAACAGAAAGACAAACUUUUCUAGCGCCCCAUUCACACCGAAGCUUAAACAUGUUUAAAAGCUGUUUGCUUAAACACGGUUUAAAUUGUUUCUUUCAUAAAAGAAUGAGCUGCUUACUAACUUACGUGUUAAUUGCAAAUUUAGUGCAAAUUACAAGACAUGAUGAAUUUCAUAUGAAUACUGUUCUGUGAAACCUGGUUUAAUCAAACAUGUUUAGUUGCUUGUUAAUAGGGCAUAGCUGUUUGCUGCAUUUCCGAGCUUUUUCGGAACUGUAGAACACUCCACUUCCCCACAAUUUUCUGAAGCAGGGAUUUUCACGCCUUAAUCACUAGAUUUGGUUGAUAUCUUGAGAAAGGUCCCCUAGUAGCAGCUAGGAAUUUCGGGAAGGAUAGAAGAAGUCCUCGAAGGGGAGUACCUCCAGCAAAGUUAGAGUAGAGGUGUGCCGCCGAGGCCCUCACACCCUGACCUUGUUUUUAAGGCAAAAAACAAAUUUUGUGACUUCAUUUUUCUACGCUAUCCUUAUCCUAUGAUCCUGAUUCGUUUCGUUUUGCAUGCAGAAUUCAGUAAUUUCCAAAAUUUUUCGAAAUAACCUCAUGGAAUUGGAUUUUUUAAGAAAAAAUUGUUAGUGCCACAGAUGUAGACCGCUUCUCGCCAAUCUUCACACUCUUUUAAAGGAUUCCGGUCCAAGAAGACACCUUCUUCAAGACUCUAAAUUGGGAAUUUUAUACCCUGUUUAAGACUAAAGACCCUGAUCAAAGAAGGCUAUGCCUAAUGUAUUUUAGUAUAAUUACAUUGAUGAUUAUCGAAAAUAGAGCGCUAUGAUUAUAAUCAUCGAUGUUAUUAUACUAAUAUCGGGGAAGAGUCGCCUCGACUUCGUCUCGGCGACUAUUCGCCGAUAUUCAAGUCGCCUUGGGCGAUUAAUUGUUAAAUAUUCCUAUCAGUGAUUAAUAAUGGAAUUGAAUCCAUGAAGGUAGGAGCUGGAUCUUAUAUAGCAGUAAGAAACACUGACUCAGUUUUUGUUGUUGUUGUUGUUGUUUUAACAAUUAUGGCCUAAGCUUCCAAAGCUGAACGCCCGGCUGACCGUAGCUUGUGUGCGUGAAAGAAAAUAUUUCAUGCCUGUAAAUUGCGGGCGGGACAAACUAUUCGUGUUUUAUCAUUUGAUUUCAAUUGCCUUUUAUCUCGUAGAUAUACUCUUAAACAUAGUCUGCAAUAUAAACGAUAUGACUUAGCUGUGUGUCUGUGUUUUUCUUUGGUCGAUUUAGAAGGGAUUUGGGCGCUAGACCAGAAGCGGUCUUUCCGUUCGAUUUUAAAAACUACAGUAGUGUCAAGCGCGUCAAGCACGAAUGAAGCAGGACUGUAGGUAUCUAAUUUGAAGUAAUAAUCAUAACUGUGAGCAGACGAGAGAAGGGAGAGAGAAAUGAUCCCUCUUCUUAGCAAAGGAAGUCUCCAGCUUCUUAGUAUAGCUAAGUGUCUAGAUAUAAUCGGCGAAAAAACUAUUUAUGAGACACCUUGUACUCAACCUCACGAUUUCCUGACACGACUAUUUAAUUUCCAAAGACCAUCCUCUCUUGCAAUCACUAAGUAGAAGGCCCACCUCCCGCCUCCCACUGUCCCCAAAAAUUAAUUGGGGUGCUAUCUAAGCUACCCUUAGGAAAGAACAACCAAAGAUUAAGUUACAAAGGAGUAAUAUAAACAAUCAUCUAUCUAGCGCGAGCCCUCUAAAUUGUGGCGUACCUCAAGGGUCAAUAAUCGGUCCUCUUCUUUUCUUGAUCUAUAUAAAUGAUCUACCAAAUUGUUUGAAUGUGGGCUCUCUUAGAAUGUAUGCCGACGACACUAAUGUUACCUUUUCUGCAGCUCACGGCUCUACCUGAUCUUGAGUCCCAAAUCAAUAGUGACCUGAAAUAUAUUUAUCGCUGGCUCAAAGCUGAUACGUUAGGAUUCAAUGUCGCCAAUUUAAAACAGAGUUUAUGGUUAUUAGCUCGAGGCAGAAACUACAGUCCUUAAAUGACUACGCAAUAAAUAUUCAUAUAGACGGCGUCCCAAUAACCCAAAGCAAUCAAAGCAAAUCUCUCAAGCUUAUCAUUGAUGAAAAUCUCUCGUGGAAGGCCAACAUUCAUGAAAUCUCUAAAAAAGUAUCAUCCGGUAUCAGUGCCCUUAGGCGGGCCAGGCCAUUUGUUUUAAUGUACACUGCAAUUAAAAUAUACAAAGGUCUUAUCGAACCACACUUCGAUUAUUGCAGUGCUGUAUGGGAUGGCUUGGCCCAUUAGUGAGAAACUUCAAAAUCGUGCUAUCAGAGUUAUCACCAAAUCUAGCUAUGAUAAUAGUUCCAGAUUUCUUCUUACCUCGCUUGGUUGGGACAAUUUAUUGGUUAGAAGGGCUCAACAAAAGGCUAAUUUAAUGUACAAGUGCAUUAAUAAUCUCGCCUCAGGUUAUCUCUGUAAUUUGUUUGCGCCAAGAACACCGAAUUACUAUUUUCACAACGCGAAGAAAAAAAUUAAUACUCCCAAAACCAUACAGUGGCGCUCUUCUAUGGAACAAUCUUCCUGAGGAAAUGCGUCCAUCAAAUUCCUAGGUCUCUUUAAGAGAGGUUCCCAUAGAUGGUUUUCUUAUCAGUACUCCUACACGGCAAAUAUGUAAAACAGUUUUUGAGAAUUGUUAAGACGGAAUUCACCAGGACAUUGAGUAAUUUUGAUUUUCAGUGGACAAAAUUCUUGUACCAGAAUAAAGCAUAUUGCAUAUUACAUUUUUCAAGGGCUAAAGAUGUAAUAAAUCAUCUGUAGUAUAAUACCAAUGCAAAAAAAACUCCUUAUGGGAGCUCGAGAAAAUUAAUGUCGAAUUUCACAAAAUUACAUCUUACACAUGAAAUUUUUAGAAUUUUAACUGACUGUAUAAUCACAAUUCCUGUGAAAUUUAUCUCCACGGACUACCAUGAGAAAUUUUCUUUGGUGUUACUACGGAUGAUUUAUUACAUCUUUAGCCCUUGAAAAAUGUAAAAAAGAAUGCAAUAUUCUUUAAAUUAUUCUGGUACAAGAUUUUUGUCCACUGAAAAUCAAAAUUACUCAAUUACUCAACAAUAAAAUUACUCAUUUUCCUGAUGGAUUCCGUCUUAAUUAAUUUUCCAUCUUAGAGUGAUGUUUUUAACCAUGUAUAAAUAAAGUUAUCAUUCAUUCAUUCAGGUAUCAUUUUGACGCUUGUACUUGCCAGUAAGCAGGCCAAUUUGGAUUUUUCCACCUUAACCUGAUCGCUUCAUUUCCAGAAUAAAAUCGAAAUGCAGAAAGCAUCAAUAACUGCAUGACCAUCCGGAAUGGUCACUGCAAAUAAAUUGCUAUUGUUUACGAGCACAUGCUCAGGUAAAGUAACAACAUGUAGUGUGGAUUUGCAUUUGUCUCUGGAAGAUAUAUUGCUAGCGGGCUAAUAUGGCAAGAGACUACUGAAAAUCAAUAAAAGAAAUAUAAUUCGGUGAAACAUUUACAGAGACAACAAUUUUCAUUCACGAAGACAAGUAUUAAAGAGUCUCUAAAAAUCUUCAAGCUUAAACUGCUUAAGUUUAUGUUUUAAGCCGGCUUCCCCGUGUUUACUGUUUUCAAAGAUGAACUCGAGGCAAGAAAACCGCUCAAAGCUUUCUUUCUACAGCCAAAAUUAUAACUAAAGACUCUUCGGAACUUUUUUUUCUUUCUAUUUGCGGUGAGAAAAUAUCGACUAAAGGCUUUUUAAAGUUCUGUAAGUUAAAAUUAAACCUCAUACUAGGUCAGAUCAUUGUCUCAAAUCUUUAUACAAACGAGCAUAAACUAGCCUAAUAAACUGCGCUCGACUUCAUGAAAUUAGAAAUAAAAAACAAACAAACACAAAUACAAUAAUCACUCAGGAUUACCAUUCGAGAUGCAGCUCCUGAAAGCUAUCAAGUAAGGCCAGAAUCGCUUGAGACUUUUUCAAUCCGCAUCCAGCAUGGUGAACGAAAACGAUGCCAUCCGAAAACGGAUUUCCGACUGUGACAAGCGGCGCAUUUCUCAACCAAAAAUUCAAGAAACAAACCAGCCAUGAAUAACAGAAGACUCUCUAUCUUGAUAGCAGCUGUAUUUCAUUUUGUGUAUCCAGUAAAAAAAGGUAGUCAAAAACAUCACAAUUUGGCAAAAAAAACUCUGUCAGCUUAAGCUGUCAAAGUAAACAAGUUUCAAGAUGCUGUAUAAAUUUUCGGCAUGAACUCACCUGUCAAAUUUUGACCAAUCAGAGCUUCAUAAUUGGACGUAGAGCGUAACCAACGCGUGAAUAUGGUGAGGGAAGUGAAAAGCAUCUGUCUUCCCUGCUUUUACUUUUAAAUAACUGGUUGAAUUUUCGUGUCUGAGGUCAGUUUGAAAUCAAAAUGCUAAUAGCGUGGGGCCAUAGUGACAUAAGCACAACAUAUUUCAUAUGAAUUUAAAAAAACUUGAGCCUGCGAUCAUUUGAAUACUAGUAACUUGUCAGCGGAUAACUUCAAAAAAUACUCGUCCUGGAUGGGUCGACACCAGAGCCCACAAUACGGUCAGGUGAUAUUGGUCAGCGGAUACCUUGUUUUGACAGCUGUCAAUUAAUCACAACAAAUCAGUUUUCUCCUGGGCUCCCUCAGCUCCCAAAGUAGUUAGAAAGUGUGGGAGUAAACUUUGGUAUACCUGUGGUGCGGACGAACGAUUGGUCGGGUGUACGGUCACGUGAUUACCAAAAUUUCAAGGAUGGGUAGAUUACCAAAUUUUCUUACCCAUGGUGCUCCGCUUCGCCGCGUGGAGCUCAGCUAAUAAUAAUACGGCCGAAGAGCUAAAUGCUACAUUUGAGACGUCCAUAACACCAUCAUAAACUAAACCCCACAACAUGAACGUUUCAUGGGCAGACGCAAUAAGUUGUUCUCUUCCAUUGGCUCAUAGUAUUCCACUGCUCACAGUCAACGCUAUCGUGGGCGUUUUGGGAUCACCUGGAAACUUCCUUGUUUGUUUGGCUAUUGCUACAAAUUCCCGCCAACGCCGAUCUUCCAACUCCCUUCCGGUUCAGCUUAGCAAUCACUAAUCUAAUCGACAGCUUGAUAUGUAAGCCAAUUGUUCUGGACUUCAUUAGUCUCCUGACAUUCUUCCACGAGUGAAGAACGAGCAAUAAACAACUUGUGUACCACGUUUUAGUCGGUCUUUCACGCCAGACUUCUUACUUACAUUUGGUUACAGUCAGUAUUGAUCGUUUCCUUGUCGUUGCAUUUCCACCAUAUUAUACGUGGCCUCGUUCAGGAUUGACCACGAUCUUGUCAAUUUCGAAAUUGGUGAGUAAGUGUCUACAUAAGCUUCUCGACGAAGCAGUUGUUUUAUAGGCAAAUGAUUUGUAUAAACAAACGUGGAAGAAAUCGGUAACGCUUGAACAUUGGUGGAAUUUCCUACCUCGUUGAUAUACCCUAAAACAUAUUGCAAUAAAAACCAAGUGAAUUACCUGUCUGUCUGUCUCUUUUUGGUCGUUUUAGAAGGGAUUCGGCUGCCAGGCUGGAGAUUAUAUCUCCGUUCGAUUCUAAAAAGCACAAUAGUUUCAAGCGCUUCACUCACGACAGAAACUAGGGUGUAGUGCUCAGUCAGUUAAGUAAGAACCAUAAUCUAUAUAUACUCGGGAGCAGAAGAGAGAAGGGGGAGGAUCAGUCUUCUUAGCAAAGAAAGUGUCCUGUCUGCGUCUUAGCACAUAGCAAAGUGUUUCGUCACAAUCGACGACAAAGUUAUUUAUAAGACGUCAACGGCAUUUUUUUACGUUUUGCCGACACUAUCUACUCCACAAAGAGAAAGUUAAAAGCCAACUCUCCCUGCUCUACUCUGUGAAUAAUAUUGUGCCGCUGUUCAAUUAAGCUACGCCCAGUUUGCUUUGCUGUCCUAAAGAUAUACCCCAUUUGUUUUGUCACCGUAUGUUACGCUUGCAUAUGCGCGCAUUUAACACACACCAUUCUGGAUUUCGUCAACCUUAACCUGCUUGCUUCCAUUUUAUAGAAUUUUCGUUCGUCUGUGACUAAUGCUAAUUCAUGAAAAAUUAAGAAGAAGAACAGAAAAAUUAACUGACCAUUUGGACUGGUCAAUUUAUAGAUAUCUCUUUUGAAGACCAGAGUGCUUAACUCUAAAAGUGAAACUACACAGCCACGCUUAUUUUGAAAUUAAAUUGCAAUGAUCUUUUCAGUGACAAUGUUUUGCUAAAUGAUUUUUAAACUUCUUUUCGUGUAAAGGUGGAUGUCACUCGCCGAUAUGAUGAUGCAAAUCAAGUGAUAUGAUAUUGGCCUGAGUAGAUAUUAGUUCAGAAGGCGUACACUGAAUCGAUUAAGGCUAAACUUCACAAACACGAUACAAUUUUUUUAAUACAGAAAAUGGGGUCUGCAACAACAACAACUUAGUAAUAACCUAGCUAAACUGGCCAACAGCUUCUUCAUUAGUUAUCUUUUUUCGACAUUUAAUUCACGUCUUCAUAUUAACUAUAGUCUGGAUUACCCAGGUAAACUAACAACAUGCAGUAUGUAUUUGCAUUUAUUACUAAAAGAUAUAUUGCUAGCAGGCAAGUAUUUGCUGUUAUGGCUGCCAACCUCACGUAUCUGAUUAUUGUUAUCAUAGCAUAUUGAAAGAGUGUUUAUUUCUGGCUUACGUCGUAGGACUAAAUAUAGGUUCUUCUGCGUCAAAAUAGAUCUGAAAUAUCAAAGUGGGCCUUUAACAAAUUUAUUUAUACCUUCCUUCCAGCUUUUUUCCAAUUCACAUCUGCUAAAUGUUGGACGCAAAAGGGACCUUAAUCCUGAUUUUUCGCCCGUGCAGUGCAUCAGGCCAGACGAAAACAUGAAUGAAUCAUUGGAGAACGCAAACAGUUGUUCUUUUCCUAUGGCCCAUGGUAUUCCACUGAUCGCAAUCAAUGUUAUCAUAUGCGUUCUGGGAUCACUUGGAAACCUCCUUGUUUGUUUGGCCAUUGCUACAAACUCUCGCCUACGCCGAGCCUCAAACUACCUUUUAUUUAGUUUAGCGAUCGCUGAUCUAAUCGUAACUUUGGUAUGCGAGCCACUACUUUUGAAAGUAAUAAUCCAGAGGACAUUCUUCCAUGAGUGCACAGAGUGGCUGCAGCUUACGUACUCCAUUUUAUCCCAGAUUUCAUGCAGCACUUCAGUCUAUCAUAUGGUUGCAAUCAGUUUUGAUCGAUUCGUUGCCGUUGUAUUUCCCCUGCGACACAGAAACUUCAUCGAGGGAUGUGGACUAAAGCUUAUGCUUAUAAUAUCCUGGUCAAUCCCGAUUCUUGGGCGCGUUUUGAGGGCCAUCGUUCCGCCGGUCUCCUAUCCUGGCCAUUUUUUUGGAUUGGGAGUUUUUGCCUUGAGUUAUUUCUUUAUUUUCUUUUUCUAUUUUCUAAUCGUGGUAUUUCUGAUCCACUACAAAAAGAAAAGAAAGCAACUAGGUGUCCGAACACUUUCUGUGAAAGUGACUUCCAGCAGGGAGGUCCGUGUUGCUUGCACACUGGCUAUCGCAAUUGGCGUUUUUACGGCUUGUUGGGUUCCUCUGAUGACUGUAUUCUUUGCCGCUGGAAAACUAAUUAUAAAUCGAAACGGCUCUCUACUCAUGUGGCUCCGAACCCUAGCUCUGUCCAACUCAGCCAUGAACUUUCUGAUCUACUCUGCUAAAAUCCGGGACUUCAAAGAGGCAUACGUUUAUAUUUUUCGAAAGAUGCUCCGCCUGUAGAGGUCACGAGUUUUACUACGGUUUCAAGAACUCAGAAAGUUUUAGGAAGCUGAACUUGUGAGCAGUCCUAAUCAUUAUGAAAAAGAGUAUUUUUUAGUGAUUUAUCAACGUGAAGUCUCAAGGGAGAAGCCGGUCUCACAACCACGUUAGCAGUUCAAGAAACUGCACUCUGGAAAUGAACCCACGUCAACCACGGGCACCAGACGAAUUAUUCCCUUCCGAAGUGUAAAAUGUCUGCUUGAGAGAGUAAAUGUUGCCCAAAAAGGUCGAAAGAAAGAAAAGAAAGACAGAAACGUUUCUAGGCGUUUGUUUUAUUUCCGAGCCUUUUAGGAGCCGUUCUAUUCUGCAGUUCGCUACGAUUUUCUGAAGUACUUUUUUUCACGCUUUAAUCACACCACAUUUGGCUAUUAUCUUGAGAAAGGACCCUAACGGUAACCGGUCAUUUCGACCCGGUUACUUAGCCCCCUAUUUUCGAGUCAUUUAGCGCGUUCCAAAUAUAAAUGUCCCUCGUUCUAUAAGCCGUAAAGCAAAACAAGUAAGCUUAUACUUAACAAUUAUUCCACGAGGGCGCGUUGGAUAUGAGAUGAUAGAUAGCCAACGAGGCGCGUGGCGCCGAGUUGGCUAUAAUCAUCUCAUAUCCAACAAGCGCGAGUGGAAUAAUUGUUUUAUUAAAAACGCCCACAAAAUCUCGUUGAAUCUCCCCGACUAGAACAAACCGGAAAAGACAAGGGACUUGCGCUAUUCACAUGUCACGGGUCUAUCAAAACUGUCAACGCGCGAACGGACUCGCCUGGUCUGCAUGAAUGAAAAAUCAAAACAUUAUAGCGAUGAACAUCAGUUUUUUAAAAACUCAUCUGGAUUCUAGGAUUUUACACAGCAGAACAGCUAAAAAAACCUGGUAGAUAAUGCGAAGGAAAAGAAUUUUUAAGUGACAGGCGUCGAAAUUACUGUGAAUUUGGAUUUUCGGUGCAGUUAUAAAAGUAAGAACAGCGGAGAAAAACUAUUACCUCGGUCGCUUGUUAUGAAGUUUUUUGAAGCCACAAGCUGGUUUUGCUGAACGAGAAAAGAAGCUAUACUGCAGCCUCGAUUUCUCUAGUGAAUGGCUGCAUAGCCUGUAUUUGUAGCUGGUAACUUGUGAUUUAUAUUCUUGAUGUCGGAUAAACAAGCCGCAGUUAUCUACCGCCGAGUGACUCGAUCGGCGAAUGGCUUCGCGAUCAUGAAGAAACAACACUUGUCUUCUUUCGUAGCUGGUCAAGGUACUUUAGUUCCAUGUGCUUUCAUGUGUUUUUCCACAAACUUUCAAACAAACUCUUGUGACUUUUUUGUUUGUUUUUGUCUUUUUUCUUUCGAUGAAAUUGCGUUUCAAGUAUUCUAAGAAAUGAAUUAAAACGAUUGCUUCGGGCGCCGUUCUAUCCUUUGCGAAAAAAAAACUCAGCUAGCUUCCAAUUUUAAACUGACGCGUACACGGACCAUAUACGGAGAGCAUGGUAUAAUAGCUCAUAUACCAUAACGGCUAAGCCAAUCAAAAUGCUAGAAUUGCAUCAUCCAAUGAUUCAGUUUUUAAUAAAGUAUAAUAUUCCUCGUUCUAAAAUACGGAGCGGCUAAGUAACCGGAGCGAAAUGAUCGCAAAGCAUCCUAACAGUAUCCAUAGGAUUUUCGGGAAAGGAUAGAGGAAGCCCUGGUACAUGUACCUAAGUUCCAAGAGCCUAAAUUUGUUCUAGCACGACUAGACAGUUAACUGAGAGACUUAUAGGGCCCCUCAGAAUGCACUUGUAGAGCUUAAUUAAAACCAUUCUCGAUAAUAGCUUUUUAAAGCAUUUUUUGAGAGAAGACCGCGUCGUUGGGUGCUUAUGGAAAAGGUUGGCCGAUAUUGUUUAAGAAUUAUUUACUGCUGGAUAAAAAAUAUAUAUAUAUAAAUAAACUGGAAAUAAGUCUGUAGUAAAACCUUUUAAUGUACUAUACGUCUACAUCACUUCUGGAACUGAAUUCAUGAGGAAUGGACUGGAUCAUCUGAUAGUAACGAAAACAGACUUAAAUGGAUGAUUUUUGGCCUGAACAAUUCUGGCCGGGCUAACCCAGGCCUGUGUUCAUGGAGAUGUAAAGCAGUUAAAGAAAUUCAAAUAGGAGACGUCUGAUCCAGGCUUAACUGACCAUAUUAUGCCGUCAACUUAGAAGUUUCUGUUGGCGAAUUGAUCUUCUACAUAAGCGCCUUGACGUAGCAGUCGUUUCUGGCCAAAAUGUGUAAAGCCUCUAAAUCUCUGGCGGGGCAAGCUAUUCGUGCCUUCAUUCAUUUGAUUUCAAUUGCUUUUUUUUUAUCUGGUAGAUUUACUCUUCAAACAUAGUUUAAUAAAUAAAAAUGAUAUGAUUUAGUGUUGUGUGUCUGUGUCUUUCUUUUGUUCGCUUUAGAAGGGAGACCAGAGAUGGUAUCUCCGUUCGAUUUUAAAAACAACAAUAGUUUCAAGUGCGUAAAGCAGGACUGAAACAGGAGUGUAGUUAUCUAAUUUGAAGUAAUAGUCAUAAGAUUUUCCUGUGAGCAGAAAAGAGAAGGGUCGGAGAGAGAAAUGGUCCCUCUUCUUCGCAAAGGAAGUGUCCAGUUUCUUAGUAAAACGAAGAGUCCAGCUUCAAUCGGCAAAAAAAAUAUUUAUGAGACACCUUGUCCUCAACGUCAUUUCUCUCUAUUUCCCAACACUACUGUCUACUGUUCAAAGACCAUUCCCUCUUGCAAACACUAAGUAGAAAGCCCACCUCCCGCCCCCACCCUCGCUAUAAAAUAUUGAUGUGCUGUUUCCAAGCUAGGUAUCAUUUUGUCACUUACAAUAAGCUAUGUUCAAACUUUACUGGGCCACUUUUGGUGGCGCUACAGAAAGCUAUCAUGUAUAGUAUGAAAAGAAACGGCCCGGGGCGGCACAAGUCGCUCACACAAUUUUUUUUGUUUUUUUUGGUAUUUUAAUAAAUUUUUGUUUCGUUAUAUAUUACAUUUUUUUACAUACUGACUUAUGAACACGUAGGAAAAAUACAAAAAAAGGAAUAGAAAACUAAACAUAUAUACAUCGCAGACUUACACACAAUUACAUACUGACAAAAAAGAAACACACCGCAGUACCUUCUUGUCUAUUUACAUGGAAAAAAAAGUAAUAAAGAUCAAUAAAAAAUGAAGUAAGCGGCGAAAGGAUCGUAUACUAAUCAGAUUUAUAUUUGCUCUAUUUCAUAUUGUAGGUCUCCAACUUAUUGUUUGACUUAGAGAUCAUUGUCUCGAUUAAGAAAACAGUAUUAAUUUUGGAAUUAAGAACUCCAAUGGAGGGAGAAUAUUUGCUCUGUCUACAAGAGUAUAGAUAUUGUUUUGCCAGUAAUAAAAUAUCUCGUCCUCACAUCCAAUAAUACCAAACAGUAUAUCUUUGUCUGAAAGAUUUUCAAUAACACCAAAGAAAAUUUCUUAUGAGAGCCCAAGAAAACAAAUGUCCAAUUUCACAAAAUGACACCUUACACAGUGAAAUUUUCAGAAUUUUACCUGUGUUUUCAUAAUUCUUGUGAAAUGUGACGUCUAUUUUCUACAAGCUCUCGUAAGAAAUUACCUUUGGCGUUAUCACAGAUAACUAAUUAUAUCUAUAACCCUUGAAAAAUGUAAAAGAGAAUGCGAUAUUGUUUAAAUUAUUCUGGUAGAGGGUUUUUGUCCAUUGAAAAUUGAAAUUACUCAAUUUCCUGAUGGAUUACGUCUUAAUUUUACUUCCUUUUCAAUGGUUUCCAGUCCUCGAUCCUACUCAUUUACUUCCGCGACAGUCCGAAUAGAUGUUAACACUGCACCAAAAUAUGACACAAUUAUAAAGCGAAACUGCUCUCUACUCAUGUGGCUCCGAACCCUAGGUCUGUCCAACUCAGCCAUGAGCUUUCUGAUCUACUCUGCUAAAAUCCGGGACUUCAAAGAGGCAUAUGUUGAUAUUUUUCGAAAGAUGCUCCGCCUGUAGAGGUCUCGACUUUUACUACGGUUUCAAGAACUCAGAAAGUUUUAGGAAGCUGAACUUGUGAGCAGUUCUACUCUUCAUGAAAAGGUUAUUGCAGUGUUUUAGAAGCGUGAAGUCUCAGUAAUUUUUUUUCUGCCUGGCAUUACUAUUUCAAAGGAGAAGCCGGUCUCACAAUCACGCCAGUUGUUUAAGAAACUGCAUUUUGGCAAUAAACCGACGUCAGACAGGAGCACCAGACGAAUUAUUCUCUGCCGAAGUGUAAAAGAUCUGCUUAAGGGAGUAAAUAUUAUCUGAAAAUCUCCAAAGAAUGAAAAAGAAGACACAAACUUUUCUAGCGCCCCAUUCACACCUAAGCUUAAACAUGUUUAAAAGCUAUUUGCUUAAACACGGUUUAAAAUUGUUUCCUUUAUAAAAGAAUGGGCUGCUUACUAACUUAGGUUAAUUGCAAACUUAGUGCAAAUUACAAGACAUGGUGAAUUUUAUAUGAAUCCUGUACUGUAAAACCCGGUUUAGUUAAACAUGUUUAGUUGCUUGUUAAUAGGGCAUAAGGUGUUUGCAUGCUGCAUUUCCGAGCUUUUUCGGAGCUGUAGUACACUCUACUUCCCUACAAUUUUCUGAAGUAGGGACUUUCACGCUUUAAUCACCAGAUUUGGUUAAUAUCUUGAGAAAGUUCCCCUAGUAGCAGCUAGGAAUUUCGGGAAGGAUAGGGAGAGCCCUCGAAGGGGAGUACCUCUAGGAAAGUUAGAGUAGAGGUGUGCCGCCAACGCCUUCACACCAGGACCCUGUUUUCAAAGCCAAACAAAAUGUUGUGACUUCAUUUUGCUACCCUAUCCUUAUCCUAUUACCCUGAUUCGUUUCGUUUUGCAUACAAAAUAAAGUAAUUUCCAGACUUUUUAAAACUAACCUCAUGGAAUUGGAUUUUUUGAGACAAAAUUGUUGGUACCUCAGAUGUAGACCACUCCUCGCCAAUUUCACACUCUUUUAAAGGAUUCCGGUACAAGAAGACACCCUCUUCAAAGCGCUAAAUUGGGAAAUUCCCGGCGUUUUAAGACUCAGGACCCUAAUCAAAGAAGGCUGUGCCUAAUGUAUAAUAUACCCAUCACUGAUUGCUAAUGGAAUUGAAUUCAUGACGGUAGGACGGUAGCUGGAUCCUGUAUAGUAGUAAGAAACACUCACUCAGAUUAUAGUUUUUUUUUUUGGACAGCAAUCAUGGCCUAAGCUUCCAGAUCUUAACGCCCGGCUGACCGCAGCCUGUGUGCAUAAUAUUAAACGUAGUCGGCUAUAUAAACGAUAUGUUGUAAGUGUGUGUUUGUGUCUCUCUUGGUCAAUGUAGAAGGGAUUUGGGAGUCAGACCAGUGGCGGUCUCUCCGUUCGAUUUUAGAAACUACAGUAGUUUCAAGCGCGUCAAGCACGAUGAAACAAGAGUGUAGCAUCUAAUUUGAAUUAAUAAUCAUAACCGUGAGCAGACGAGAAAAGGGAGAGAGAAAUGAUCCCUCUUCUUAGCAAAGGAAGUCUCCAGCUUCUUAGUCAGUAACGAAGUGUCUAUAGCUACAAUCGGCAAAAAAACUAUUUAUGAGACACCUUGUACUCAACCUCAUUUCCCACUAUUUCCUGACACGACUGUUUGAUUUCCAAAGACCAUCCUCUCUUGCAAUCACUAAGUAGAAAGCCCACCUCCCGCCUCCCACUCUCCCUAAAAAUUGGUAUGCUAUCCAAGCUACCCUUAGGAAAGAACAACCAAAGAUUAAGGUGUCAUUUUGACCCUUGGACUUGCGCGUAAGCAGGUCAGUUUGGAUUUUUCCACCUUAACCCGGUCGCUUCUUUUCCGGAAUAAAAUCGAAAUGCAGAAAGCAAUAAUAACUGCAUGACCAUCCCGCCCGGACUGGUCACUGUAAAUCAAUUGCUUUUUUUAAGAGCACAUGCUCAGGUAAAGAAACAUCAUGGAGUGUGGAUUUGCAUUUGUCUCUGGAAGAAAUAUUGCUAGCAGGCUAAUAUGGCUGUCAAUCUGUCUCAUCUGAUUACUGGCUCUUAAUAUCAUCAUAGUAAAAGAGUUUCAGAAAGUCUAUAUUUGGCUUCAAUAGCUUAUGUCUUCAGGACUUAUACAGCCCUUUCGAGAAAGGUUGUCGGAAAAAGUGCACGCGACAACCCCGAAAGGUAUUGUGGGUGGUUUUGAGUUCUUUGUUCCUCAAUGGCACGAGAGGCCAUGGACGUAUGUUUGCGAAUGCUAAAGGAAAGCAACAAUAGAAGUUUCAACAGCUACAGUGUCAGGAACAGCGUACUGAUCAUAUCCCAUAUUGCCUUUCAGAAUGUCGCGUGCAUAUUUUUUUCCGACAACCUUUCUGGAAAUAGCUGUAUAUAGGAUCUUCUGCGUCAACAUAAGUUUCAUAACGCCUAGGAAGGCUCAUAAGUGUGUUGGACGAAAAGGGAGUCUUAAUCCUGAUUUUUCGCCGUGCAGUAAAUCAGUUCAGACGACAACAUGAAUGAAUCGUCUGAGAAAGCAAACAGCUGUUCCCUUUCCAUGGCUCAUGGUAUUGCACUGAUCACAAUCAACGGUAUCAUCUGCGUUUUGGGAUCACUUGGAAACUUACUCGUUUGUUUGGCCAUUGCUACAAAUUCCCGCUUACGCCGAGCCUCUUACUACCUUUUAUUCAGCUUGGCGAUCGCUGAUCUAAUCGUCACUUUGAUAUGCGAGCCUCUCCUUUUGGGAGUCAUCAGCUGGAUGGCAUUCUUACACGAGUGCGCAGCGAGCGUGCACGUUGCGUACUUAAUUUCAUUCCAUCUUUCAUGUACCACCUCUGUUUUGCAUAUGGUCGCAAUCAGUCUUGAUCGUUUCGUUGCCGUUGUGUUUCCACUGCGACACAGAAAAUUCAUCGAGGAAUGUGGACUUAAAGUUAUGCUCACACUAUCAUGGUCUAUUCCGAUUCUUGCUCCCGCUUUAAGGUACAUCGUUCCGCGCUCUCUUUUUACCGGCUCAUUCACUAAAUUUCUGAGAAUGACAACCUUUGCCGUCAGCUAUUUCUUUAUUUUCUUUUUCUACUUUCUGAUCGUGGCAUUUUUGCUCCACCACAGGAAGACAAGAAAACAGCUAGGGACUCGAACAGUUUCUGUGAAAUUUACUUCCCGAAUGGAGGUGCGUGUUGCUCACACACUGGCGGUAGCAAUGGGCACGUUCACUGCUUGCUGAAUUCCUCUGAUAAUUGCAAUGGGUUUUUGCACGGGAAAACCUUUAGUAAAACGGAACAUUCAUCUACUCAUGUGGCUCCGAACUCUGGCUCUGUCAAACUCAGCCAUGAACUUUCUGAUUUACUCUGCUAAAAUGCGGGACUUCAGAAAUGCUUACGUUGGUAUCUUACGGAAGAUGCUCCGCUUGUAGAGUGCUCGACGUUUGCUAAAGUUUUAACAACUGAAAAACCUCUCCAAAGUUGAAGUCGAAAUUAGUCAUCCUAAAGCAUUGUUUGGGAGAAAAUGGUCGUUUUGUGUCCAUGGUAUAGGUUGAAGGCAUAUAUGCUUAAAACUUGCGUGGCAGUGGAUGGAAAAAUGACCGUCUUGUUAUUCUUAGCAUACUCAUAUGGCACACCAAAGGAAAAUUUUAUCCCUGCACGAACUAUUGAACUUAAAGUCGGUUAUAAUUUGCAGAUUAUGGAUGAGGUACAUAAUGAACAAGUGAAGGCCUUGCCUUCGGUGUAACCAUAUGACUAAGGGUGCGUUUCUUUACUAAAAUCCAAGAUGAGAUAAACAAGAUCCGGAUCAUUAGAAUUUUUCAUUAAGAAAAGAAAUGAUGCAUCCAAAAAGGAAUUAUUUUUCAUCUAUUUCCAUACACGACCCCACAAUCGAAGGUAUCCACGAGAAAGAAUAAUACGGCUGCUGUUUAAUCCAUGCCUCGGGUUCAAAAUGGCCAAAAAGAUGAUCAGUGUGAAACAGUUGAUGUUUGUAUUAAAAUUUUUUCAAGUUAGCGCUGGCAGUAUUCACUGUUUUGUGAUCCGUAAAGAAACGCUUCGGUUCAUGUACCCAAAGUAUCCGGUUUUGGAUAUCAUACAAAGAACUCACCUUCGUUUUUUGGAUUUUAGCAAAGAUACGAAAUAUCCGUUUUCGAAUUAAAAUCAGGAUUUGGAUUGUAGUAAAGAAACCUCCCCUAACUGAAACGACUUCAUGGGAGUUGGAGCUGUAUCAUAAUUAUAUAGUUGAAAGCGGGAACUCUGACUGUAAAAGUUUCCGUUUAAAGCUUUUCCAGACUGACUAUAAAACGUUUUAUAAAUCAGAAACCACACAGCCAUGUAUGGAUUGAAAUGACAUCAAAUUUCAAUGAUUAUUGUAAAGUUGUUCCUAUGUGAAGAGGAAAACACAGUAUCACUCGCAAGUGCAAUGAUGCAACUCAAGUGACUUUAGAUUGAACUGAAAAGAUUUUAGUUAAAUGCCAUAAAUAACUAAAACAGUACGUGAUCUUAGGGCUGGUUCAUACGCCGUGCUUCUCAUGUGCCGAACCUAACUGAAUAAGUUGGACUUUAGAGCGACACUGGCGCAACAUCUGAUUCAGAUGGCGUACCGUGUGUCGAACCUAAGUUAAGUUCGACAAAAGUUCGACAGACUCUGUCGAACUUAACGCUUUUGCCGCACCAAACUAAAACUGCAGUACCAAAUUUAUUCAGACGCCGCUCUUUUGCCGUACUUAAUUCAUCAGUUAGGUUCGGCACAUGAGUGGAGCGGCGUCUGAACCGGGCCUUAGCAUACGAGUUAACCUAUAGAAGAUGUAGCUGUAUUUACCAUUUAGGAUCAAAAUUUAAAAGAGCUGGUCAACCUAUGCAGUUUGUGCAAUUUUUAGUUCUUUUCAAUCAGUAACAAAGAAAAUAACAGCAAUUAUAAACUGCUAAAUUACUGGGUGGCGAAAACUGGGGUUUUUCAAAGAGAAUUUCUACGAAACUAAUUGGUAUAUCGGGCUCAACUUUUCAGCGACAACUGAAAUUGUUAAGCUCUUUCAUUCAAAAUUUCAUUUUAUUAGCUUCAUCAGGUAAUGAUAAGCCUAUGCUAAUGAGGAAAAAAUGUAUACAAGGAUUCGCCUAUACCGGAAAGCUGUUGCGCUACUGGUUAACUUUUGCGCCGGCACGAAAAUCAUACCAAAUAAGGCUUCUGUUCACACACCAGUUUGGUUCUGUGCCGCACUAUGGUGUAGUGUGAACAGAUGUUCGGACCUUAGCGAAAGUGAAUAAGUUUGAAAGACAACUGGAACCCAUUUAGACGGAAGUAAAUAUUCGGGAGUGUCAGGAUUGCGGUUAAAGAAACCAAAGGCUCUCGGCCAACCGCCCCGGCACGACGUUCGAUGUGUACUAUGCGUAUGAACUAUUUGCUGCAGUUCUGUGCAGUUGCUGUUCAUACUACCGUACCGGAAAGCUAUCAGGUACAGUACUGUAAAAACAGCCUAAAUAUGCUCUCAUAAUUGCAAACUUGCCGCUGCGUAAAGGUGAACAUCACUUUCAGCUCAGUGUAAUGAUGCAACUCUUACUAGUGAUUUAAUUUUGACCUGAUCAGAGAUAUUAGCGAAAAAGUCAUGCAUUGAUUCUAUUUAGCUUUAACUUUUAAAAAUUCCAAAACAAUACGUGAUCUUAACUAAAACGAUGGGAUGUCAUCAACAACAACAACAAGAAGAACAACAAGUAAAGUAGUCAUAGUGAUGAUGACAAUGCGUCACCUAGUUAGACCAGUAAUGAGCCUGUUAGUUAGUGUAUUCGACGUUUAAUUUGAUUUGAAUUUCGGAUUGGCCAUGGUCUGAAUUAGUCAGGUAUACUAUGCUCUAAGAACAUGCACAGGAGACGUGCAUUUAUCACUAAAAGAUAUAUUACCAGCAGGUUCAAUAUUUGCAGUUGUGGCUGUCAAUCUGACUUAUCUGAUUGUUUUCGCAGUAUACGAGUUUCAGAAUAUCUAUAUCUGGCUUUAAAGUGUAUCACGUCCCUAGCCUAAAUUAGGUUCUUUUACGUCACAAUAAGUCUGACAACGUCUGAAAUGGGCGGGCUAAACCAAUAUUAUUUAUUUCUUACUUCAAACUUCAUCUAUGUUCUAAAGCCUUGAAGGAAAGGGGGAACUUAAUGCUGGUUUUAAGCCGUAUAGUACAUCAGUCCAGACGACAGCAUGAAUGAAUCAUCCAAGAACAUGGUUUUUUUCCUAUGGCUCAUGGUAUUGCGCUGAUCACAAUCAACGAUAUCGCUGCGUUUUGGAAUCACUUGGAAACUUGCUUGUUUGUUUGGCCAUUGCUACAAAUUCUCACCCACGCCGAGCCUCCAGCUACCUUCUAUUCAGCUUAGCGAUCGCAGAUCUAAUCGUCACUUUGAUAUGUGAGCCACUCUUUAUGGAAUUUAUCAUCCAGAGAACAUUCUUGUACGAUUGUAAAGUGAGCCUGUCCCUUGCGUACUUCAUUUUAACGUAUCUUUCCUGUGCCACCUCAGUGUUACAUAUGGUGGCUAUCAGUCUCGAUCGAUUUGUUGCCGUUGUGUUCCCACUCAGACACAAAAACUUCAUGGACUUAAGGUCAUGCUUAUAGUAUCCUGCUCAAUUCCGAUUUUUUCAGUUGAUUCUUCUUAACGUUUUGUGGCGUGUCAUUCCGUCGGCUUUUUAUUCAGCGGCCACGUUUCUCUUUUUGGGAACCUGUGCCUUCAGCUAUUUCUUUAUUUUCUUUUUCUACUUUCUGAUCGUGGUAUUUCUGCUGCGUUACAAGAGGAAAAGAAAGCAACUCAGCAGAACUCGAAACGUUUCUGUGAAACUGAAUUCCCGCAUGGAGGUUCGUGUUUCUUGUACGCUGGCUAUAGCAAUCGGUAUUUCCACCGCUUGUUGGGUUCCCUCGAUAACUGUAAUGUUUGCCACAAUGACUAGAAAACCACUUAUAAGGCAGGGCGGCCCUUUGGACAUGUGGCCAGGAACCCUGGCUCUGUCAAACUCAGCCAUGAACUUUCUGAUUUAUUCUGCUGAAAUCCGAGACUUCAAAGAGGCAUACGUUGAUAUCUUUCGAAAGAUGCUCAACUUGUAGAGCUGUUGACUUUUUGCUACUUUUUGAAAAAAUUAAAAACUACUGUAUGAAGUCGCAGUUGAUCCUAAUGGUUAAUUUUUGUAAGGCGAAACUGUCAUCUAUACAUGUGGUAAACGUUCAGCGUGUAGUGUUGGUUUAUAAAUAAAGGAAUACUUGGAGAAUUGUUAACGACUGGAAAUAUUCGUUGUUAAAUAUUAGGGACCUCAUAUUAAGCAUGCAACCACGGCGAUAACUUAAAGGCAGUUAAAACGUUAAUGACAAAAUGCAUUUGCUUUUCCCUCAAACUUCAUCACGUUUAUUUAGCUUCGCGCAUUUUUUCAAAUGUCUGCGAAUUUCCCUUCGGUUGAAUUUUUAAGGCCCGCAUCGAGGUUCUAUAAUUGGCAAACGGUAACCGGGUUAUUAACAAAAAAAUCCAGUUGUGUCCUGAGUCCUUAACGAAAGAUUCCUUUCCAUGGAUUUAGUUUACAUAAAGGUGUUUACACAACGACUCCCUUGAUUAUUGCCAAAUAUCUCUUGCAAAUAUCCAGCUGCAAUCUGUGAGACACUUUGUCCUCAACGAAAUCACUAAUGUUUUCCCGACAUUAUCUACUUCAAAAAAUAAAAACUAGUCUUAUUUCCUAACCUCUUGGCCGCUGCUCAAACUACCGUUGAAAACAAAAAGACAGGGCCGUUAGGAUUUUGUCCACCUAAACCUGCUUGCUUUCGUUCAAGACCACGACUUUCUUUGACGAAUGCGGAAGUAAUCAUAUGAAAAUUAAGUUAAAUGUACAGACUGGUCAGAUUUUAAGUAAAAGGCGAUGAAAACCUUUCAAACUCUAAAACACAACACUGCUAUGCAAAUUUUGACAUUAAUACUAGCCACCGGGCUACGACGACGAAAUGUCACUUCAUCCGUUUAUAGAAAAAUAGUGUGUUUCGUUCAAAUGUAUAAUAAAAACCUUUGGAUUCUAAGACGAGUACGAGAUUUUCUCAAUACUAACUGGUGCUCCCAGGUGAGCCACCGUAAUUUUGGCGGGAAAACGUCAUAGCCGUCGUCAUUCUACUACAGGUUUUAGUGAGAAUGUUGUGGUGGCGGAAACAAGUUAUUUAAUGUUAGAAGUCUUGCAAUUUUGCCAUCGGGAGAGGGCUUCACCUCCUACAAUAAAGAUAACAGUGCUAAAUUUUCUAGUGAAAAAGGUACACUGAAGCUUUACGGGUUGUCUUACUUUUAAGAAUACGCCGCAAGUCAAAUCUCGUCCUCGUAGUCCUUCUCGUCCACGAAUCUAUAGGUCUCUGUUCUUCAAUGCACAUAUGUCGCGUUGUAGAAAGAACUUUUAUAGAAAAAGUGAACUCCAGAUGUUUUUGUUCAUUUCCGGCGGUCAUAUUGGUGCACCAAAACGGUGUUCCAAUAUGACGUCUCCAUAGAAAGCUGUACAAAGGUGCGUGAAACGCCUUCGGCAAAUAACUCAUAAACUAUGGGCCACAAAGAUCUGAGACUUGGACAAAUUGUUUAUAUAUUUUAGUCUUUUACAACAUUUCAUUUUCUUGGCUUCUUCCACUGGACGGUUUCCAAUAUAAUUUUUUGUUGCGUGACAGUGAAAACGAUCUAUUGUUCAGGGGACAUGGCGUCGUAGAAUAGCCCAUUUUACAGUUACAGGUGGAAACAAGGCUGGAGUUAACCUUGUUUGAUAGAACCCUUCCUGCUUUAUUAUGUACAUCAUGUUUUUUUUAUGCUAACUAGUAGUUUCCAGCAAAAUUUACAUUAGAAAAGGAAAGAGGUUUCAUCAAAACAAGGGCAACCUCAGCCUCACAUUCACUCAAAGGCUAGGACACUCAGCCCAUAACUUUAAAAUGGCCUAUUUAGCACAGUAUCACUGACAGGUGAAAUGACGCAACACAAGUGAUUUGAUCUUGACCUGAGCAGAUUUGUAAGUGAAUAAGGCUGGACUUCAAAUUACUAAAACAAUACAAUAUCUUGAUAAUAAUGGUGGAGAUUUUAACAACAACGACAACCUUGCAACAACAGCUACAGCAUUUGCAAUAAUGAUGAUGAUGUCGAAUAAAUAAAUAAAUAAAUAAAUAAAAUACUGAUUUAGAGGUAACGCAUCCUUUUAGAGGUUCUUCUUCUAUCUGAUUCCUGGACAAAUUGGUAUUUAGAAAUGUUGGUUUUUGAGGAGACGGGAAAAUCGAAGUACCCGGAGAAACACCUCUCGUAGCAAAGGAGAGAACUUACAACAAACUCAACCCACAAAUGGCGUCGACGCCAAGAUUUGAACCCGAACCACACUGGUGUGAGGAGAUUGCUCUAAGCAAUGCGCCACCCUUGUUACCCUGAUGCUGAAGAUACGGCCUGGUUUCGUUGCCUUAGCUCGAUCACAUCAUACUAAUUCUUUCGACAUUCAUUUGAUCAUAUCUUCAGGUAAGUGCCAUGGUCUGGGUGACAAAGAUUAAAAACUUUUGCAGUAUUUUAUUAUUGCAAGAAAGCUUGUUAGAGGGCUAACAUUUGCAGCUACGGCUGCCAAUCUGACUUAUCUGGUUAUUGUUAUCGCAGUAUAAGAGCUUCAGAAUGUCUAUUUCUGGCUCACGUCAGUAGACUAUUUAUAGGUUUAUCCGAGUCAAAAUAAGUCCAAUACGUCUGACUCGGCGAGGUAAACAUAUUUUUUUGAUAUCUUAGUUGCGAGUUUUUCCCAUUCACUCGAGCUUAGACAAAGUUAUCCUGAUUUUACACCGCAUAGUGCACCAGACCAUAACAGAACAUGAACAAAUCAUUGGAAAACGCCAAGAAUUGUUCUCUUCCCAUGGCCCAUGGUAUUGCACUGAUCACAGUCAACGCUAUGGUGUGCAUAUUGGGAUCGUUUGGGAACUUACUCCUUUGUUUUGCCAUUGCCACUCACCCUCUCCUACGCCGAACUUCAAACUACCUUCUGUUCAGCCUAGCGAUCGCUGAUUUAUUAGUCACCUUGGUAUGCGAGCCCGUCCUUUUGGAAAUCUUCUACAAUCGAACAUUUUUUCACGAAUGCAAAGCAAGCCUGGAAAGGCCGUAUCGUCUCAUAGUCAAUCUUUCUUGUUCUGCUUCAGUGAUCCACUUAGCCUCGAUCAGUGUGGAUCGGUUUAUCGCCGUUGCGUUCCCUCUUCACCACAAAAUUUUCAUGAAGAAAUGCGGACUUGUGAUUUUGCUCACAGUUUCUUGGGCACUACCGAUUUCAGUUCCUGUUUUGAUGGUUGUCCUUCCACCGUCCUUUCCCAAAAAGUUCAUGGCGAUGACAUCGUUUUCCUUGAGCUACUUCGUCAUCAUCUUUUCAUACUUUAUGAUCGCAGUAUUUCUGUUCAGGUAUAAGAAGAAAAGAAAGGACUUAAGAGCCCGUACGGUUUCCAUAAAGUUUACUUCGCGCAGGGAGGUCCGUGUUGCUUACACUUUAGCUAUUGCAACCGGCGUUUUUACAGUUUGUUGGGUUCCAGUGAAGACUGUGAGGUUUGUCAUAGGUAUGAAGCCAAACAGCCCUUUCUACAUGUGGCUCCGAACCUUGGCUCUGUCAAACUCAGCCAUGAAUUUUCUGAUUUACUCUGCACGAAUGCGCGCCUUUAAAGAGGCAUACUUAAGUAUCUUUCAAAAGAUGUGUCGCUUGUAGAAUUUAGAGUUUGUUUUGGACUUAACAUUCAUCAGUCUACUUUUCUAAGUUCGCUCGUGCUUGACUCCUGAACUAAUAUUGAUUCGAUUUCCUCGAAAGUCUUUUAAGGUGAAUUUAUUCAAUUACUGAAGAAUUGAAACUGAUAUGACUGUUUCAUUAAUAAUAAAGUUGGACUAUGGAGAUGAUCAUUGAGAAACAAAUCACGCACUGUAAAUUGGUUUUCAGUGAUUCCCACAUCAUCUCGCUGUGCAAUGUGGUUUUAGUGAAUAGUGUGAUUUGCAUACGGCUGAUUACCCACAGGAACAACGCGAUCUGACGAAUGCUCACGAAGAUAUCCGUUUUAAGGCCCCUUGUUUCUUGAGGGUCCCUAGUAGGUUUUUCGUGAUCCAACGGGUUAUGCCUCAUUUGAAGGCUUUUAAAAGGCCGUAAGGUAGACUGUUAAAGGUUAUUGCGUGUCCCUCUUUAAAUAAAGUUAUUGUAUUGUAUUAGAUUCGGAAUUUUAAAAGAAAAUGGGGGCAAGAUUCGGGAUUGAAAGUGUACACGGGAAGGCGGAUUCCGAAAAUAUCCCUCGGGAUUACGGAACUGAGCAAAAAUGUUAGGUCGGGAUGACGGGAUUGAAGAACCCUACUGGGGACCAUUUUUUUCUUUUCCCCAUUCUCGUCUUUUUUGGCAGAUUGUUGUUUUGGGCGAGUUCUGAAAGUAAACCUGUUUGGACAGAAAUAAAAGAAUAUCCGAAUGCGAUGAAUAGAGGGGAAAAGCCGUUACAUCACGUUGCCAUGGCAGCAAAAUUUCCGGAUCUCAACAAACCUUUGCCCUACAAAUAUGGCAGACGAAAAAAAGAAACGAAGAAAAAAAUUGACACCUAUGGCUUUCCCGUGCAUGGUUGCACUUAGGAUCAAAACGGUAGCCCAUCCGAUGCGAAUGGCCGUCUCUGUUAAAAAAUAAUGUUUAGAUCCAGAAAUUUUGCUACCAUGAUAACGUGACGUCACACUUCUCUCUAUUUGGCCACAGUCGUAAUCGUUUAUCAAUUAAGUUAAGGCAUGCAUAGAUUCGCCAGAAGAUCACCCCCCGGUAAAGGAAAGGCGGGAACACCUACCACAGCCUGUAGCGAGGAAAUAGAAGCAGCGGAACACAAAAACAACAACUUAAGCAUACAAAUAGUAUUUUCAUCCAACGAAAUAAAUAACAUAUAUGAAUAAAUAAAUAAAUAAAUAAAUAAAUAACAUAUAUAUUAAACGUAUAAAGCGAGCUUACAUCAAAAAGAAUCUAAAUAGAUAAAACUGCGAACACAUUGUACAUAAAUAUAUAUAACUUAUAAGUUUACGGGUAAUAAAGUGGCUAAAGCCGUUAAACAGUGCUCAAUACACUUUUUAAGUGUAGAGCUUUGAAUAAGAAGAUAUAACGAAGAGACAAAAUUCUAAAUUAUAAGUUUACAGGGAUAGACUAUAGGACGCAAUAAAUUAAAUUAAGUGCUUAAGAUCAUUAAUGAUGUAGCUCUAAAAAAAGGUAACUGUCAUUAUUAUUUACUCCAAAUAUUGCUCGUGUUCUGAUUCGCUAAAAUCCCACGCAUAAUUUAUCAUAACCAGCUAUUGUUGACCAAAUUGCGAAGAAUUCAGUUGCGAUAUGGGAAAAAUGACGUCAAUCGUGCAGCAAUGUUGCAUAUUAUUGAACCGUUCACCGACAAGACCUAAGGAGAGGCUGAGUUUUUUUAGCAGUGGGUACAAAAAAUUGGCGGAACAUUUCACUCAUUUCGAGGGAAAUGAAUAGGCGAACUACAUUUCUCAAACUCAUCAAUAAUUCAUAAAGUAAAUACAAAGUGUUUGAGUGUUUGGAAAUCAGAUGAAAAACUGCUCAUUUCUGCAUCCUUAACUUCUCCUGGCAAAAUCAUUUCGUUUAAGAAGUAAUAUCAAGCAUUCCACACACUGUUUCAUCACCAGAUGAAAUGCCUCGAAGCUCGUCAAAAAUACUCCGCUGCGCGUCGUAUUUUGUAUAGGCACGUCCGAGACUCACAACAUUUUGGAUUUUUGUUUUUCUGCGUAAACCAGUGGUCGUCUCUAUUCUAGAAUGUGUCGUAUUUGUACCAAAUGCGGAAACCAUGAAAUAGUAACAUCAGGAGUCGAAAACGCCGACCAUUCGGAAGGUCAAUAUGUAAAUGAAGUCCUUUUAUUAGGACCUAUUCAACUCGAAAAAAAAAAUAAUAAAAAGCCACGCAUGUUUUGAAAUUAACAUCAAAUUUUUCAAAAUAUUCUUUUCGUUUAAGGCUAUGUUCACACUAUGGGCGGAUUCAUCGUGACGUCAUUGUUUACAUUUUUGUUCAUUAGCUUUAUACCAAUUAGUUAUAUUUUAUGCAGUUUGUGCAAGUUUUUGAAAGUUUUGCAAUCAGUUUGUGCAAGUUUUGCAACCAGUAACAAAGAAAAUAACAGCAAUUAAAAGCUGCUAAAUUACUGGGUGGCAAAACGUUGAUGAGCUCACAUAUUGUUUGUAAAUUUGGGGGUUUUCAAAGAGAAUUUCUCCGAAACUAUUUGGUAUAUCGGGCUUAACUUUUCAGAGAUAACUGAAAAUUGUUAUGCUCUUUCAAUAUUCAGAACUUUCAUUUUACUAGCUUCAUCAGAUAAUGAUAAGCCUAUGCUAAUGAGGCAAAAAAUGUAUACAAGGAUUUUCCUAUACUGGAAAGCUCUUGUGCCACUGGUUAACUUUUGCGUUGGCACGAAAAUCAUACCAACUAAGGCUUCUGUUUACACACGAGAAAGGUGCCAGUUAGGUUCUGUGCCACGCUAUGGUGUAGUGUGAACAUUUCAGGACCUUAGCGAAAGGGAAUAACUCUGAAAGACAACUGGAACCCACUUGAAUGAAAGUAAAUAUUCGGGAGUGUUAGGAUUGCGGUUAAGGUAAUCAAACCCUCUCGGCCAACCGUCCCGGCACGAUGUUCGAUGUGUACUGUGCGUGUGAACUACUUGCUUCAGUUCUGUGCCGUUGCUGUUCAUACUACCGUACCGGAAAGCUAUCAGGUACAGUAUAGUAAAUCGGUGGAAAAUAGCCUAAAUAUGUUCCCAUAAUUGCAAACUUGCCGCUGUGUAGAGGUGAACGUCACUUGCAGCUCAGUGUAGUGAUAUAACUCUUACUAGUGAUUUGAUUAUGACCUGAGUAGAGAUAUUAUAUUAAGGAAAAAGUCAUGCAUUGAUUCUAUUUAGCUUCAACUUUUAAAAAUUACAAAAACAAUACAUGAUCUUAAUUAAAACGAUGGGAUGUCAUCAACAACAACAAGAAGAGCAACAAGUAAAGUAAUUAUAUUGAUGAUGACAAUGCCUCACCUAGUUAGACCAAUAAAGAGCCUGUUAGUUAAUAAUAAUAAUAAUAAUAAUAAUACCUUAUUCAAAUACACAUAUGCUCAUAAACCUGAUACACUAUACAUAUUUGAAAAGGUGGACCGCGAGGUUAUCCCUAUAAAAGGUCCCCAAACUGAACUUUGAAAAUAUUAAAAAAUUAUAAAAUCGCGCGUAAAAAUCAUUAGUGCAGGUACAAAAUGGUAUGUAAGAAUUGUAUUUAAAAUGAAAAUAUAUACAAUUAAAAUAUGACCUUCUGUGUCAAUAAAUCUUCAUCCAUCUUUUUAAGCCUUUUGUAAAUUUGUUUAUGUUAAUUUCGUCCGUGAAGAGAUGGUUUGGCAAACUGUUCCAUUUUUUAAGAAGGAGUACGUAAAGGAGUUAACUUUAGCUAAUUUACUUCUACAAAACUCGAUUGGAAAUAGUCAUCCAAGUCUAGGCCAUUUAGACCAAACACUGUCUUGUAGCAUUCCACCACAGAUAGGUAUUCUCUUCGAUGCUGAACUGUGUUCCAGUUUAGCAGUAUACAUCAUUCUUCAUAUGACAUUUUGCGUAGUUUUUGACCGAGAGUGAUCCUCGAUGCUCUUCGUUUGUACUUUUUCGAGUGCCAACUUACCUUUAACUAAAUAGGGCGACCAUACCAGGCAUGCGUAUUCUAGGAUUGGUCUAACCAAGGACUUAUAGAGCAUAGAGAAAAUUUCCCUGUUCCUGCUACCAACUGUACGCUUUAGUAGGCCCACCACUAUGUUUGCUUUAUUUACCAUUGGGUCCACGAGGUUCGACCAGGAUCAGUCUCUUGACACAUCAACACCCAGGUCCUUGCAUAAGUUAACUGAUUUUAAUUCUGUAUUCGACAUUUGAUAAGGAUGUUUACUUUUGUCUUGCUUAUGUGUAAUUCUCAUCACUUCGCAUUUCUGGGGGUUAAUUUAACUUUUCAGCUUCUUGUCCAGUUUUCCGAACAGGAAAUCCAGAUCCGACUGUAGUACUAAUGUAUCCUCAGCAUUAUUAAUUUCACGGUAAAUCUUUGUAUCGUCACCGAACAUUUUAAUAGAAGCAGUAACAACAUUUGAUAUGUCAUUUACGUUGAGUAAGAACAAGGUGGGCCCGAGGAUUCUUCCCUGGGGAACACCAAAUGUCACUGGGGACCAAUUCGAGUAUGUUCCUCGUAUUGUGACUCUCUGCUGUCUAUUUUUUAGAGAGUUUAUGAACCAUAGCAACAAAGGGUUAUCAAUACCGUGUCGAUUGAGCUUAUGCAGAAGACGUUCGUGGGGCACCCUGUCAAAUGCUUUUGAUAGAUCUAAAAAAAUGACGUCUGUUGCUUUCGAGCUAUUUCUUGUUAAACACCAGUCGUGAUAACAACUAAGCAGUUCAGCAAGGGAAGAUUUCCAUUUUAGGUAACCAAACUGAUGGUGAUCUGACCAGAAAGCUGUAACUCUGGAUCGUACCAUAUUCUCCGCCACUUUGCAAAUAACAGAGGUUAAAGAGAUUUGACAGUAAUUCUGUCCCUUUUCGUGAAAUGGUGUAAUGUUGGCCUUUUUCCAGUCUGUUGGCAACAACCCAGUGCUAAACGACUGAAUUAGUUAGUGUUUUCGACGGUCAGGCAUGUUAAGGCAUGGGUAACCUUCUAAUUUGCAUAAUUUGGCAAAGUGGCAUUUGAAACAGAUUGUUUUGAUCAGUCGUCAUGAAACUUUGCAAACAAUUUAGCUCGGUGGCCUAAACAAUAUGUGACACAUUCAUUGUUGAAAUAUUAGUCACGUGACCUGCAAAUGAUCGUUAACGUUCAAAGUUUUCAAAUUAAAACGGGGGAAAGGAAAUGAAAGAGCAGCAAAUAUUCUUAGGCACCAGUCCAGUGUUUUUCCCAUGGCCUGGAUAUUAUGAAAUAGCCCUGCAUGUAUGCCUAAGUGGAGGAAGGAUUAAGAAAUAAGGAAAAACAGGUGACGUGACUUACAAAAUACUGUAAUAACCCUUAAUAAAAAUGCUUUAAUCCAGCUCGCGAGGCUAAUUGAUAAUCCAGACAGUUUCGCUGACAAUUUGAUGACAAGUAUUUUUACGCUGACGUUUAACAACCUUGCUCCGUUUGAGAAAACAGAUUUUGUGACGUCAUGGUCAAAGGAGUGUCAUGUGAUGCUUGGGAUGAAUUUUCCAAAAACAUUUUAGUGAGAUAUGUCUUAUCAUAUCUUUGUGGAACCCUUUACUUGGAUCCUUCUGUGUCAUUAAAGAGGAUCUUUGCAUUCUCUGUGGGGGGGUCUUUUUAGCCUUUCAACCAGGGGGAGCAGGCAACGCUCUUUGGUCUUGCCGCUUUUCGGCUUUCCAUGAUCGCCCCAGUUAGGAAAUCUGUCAAUCAUCCAAAAAAUGUAGCAAGCAUGCGCGGAACGGGUUGGGAAAACAACAAGUUCGCCGUAGCAGCUUCUCAGUUCGCAGCGAUUCGGCAGUGUGAAGUGAACUUUCUUUUGGUCCCGUUGGUCAUUGGUUUCUUCGUUUUGUUCCGCGGUAAUGUGAAGCUUACGUUUUUCUAAUUUCUUCUGGUCUUGCGUUUGUCAUUAAAUGCGGCCCGGUUUACUACGGUAAGAACGAGACCAGUGAACAUGUUUCUCGAUGCCCGACCUUUUGAUGAUUUGUUUCAGUUUAGACGACCCACGAAUUGCAAGAGUAAAAGAAGGCCCAACCCUCCAAUACGUAUGUAGAAGAGUUUAUGUUUUCAAUCGAAAGGCCCAAAAUUAAUUCUUCGUGGUAUUAAAAAAAGUGCCGUGACUGGCAUGUGGUUGAGUAGAAGAGUUGUCAGAGUUCAGCUGAGAGUUGUUUACGGCUUCACUUCACCUUUAAAACGACAAGAAAUGAUGAUUGAGAUUCUCAGUUCUACAUCCUUGAUUGUGAACUUAUCCUGGCAGAGUUGCAUUGGAUGAUUGAGUGGCAUGGUCAAAUCUCGUAGUUCAUGUAUUUCUUUAUGUACUAGAAGCUAAAUAAAUUUUGCCGAGAGAUCAUUCUCUCUUGUUUUUGCACACGUUGAUAUGCUUAAGCUCUUUUCUUCGUGCGAUUUAAUUUAAACUUUACCGUAGUUUCUAACAAAUGAAUCUUAGGCAGAUGAAAGGGAAUUACCUUGUGUGUUUGGAAUUCUCUUUCAUGACAGCAGUUACUACACUGCUUUUAGUUUGAGUCCUAAUUCAAGUGUGUCUUGUUGCAAAAAAAGAGAGAAAAAUUAUAAAUUUUAAAAAGUACACUAGCCCUUGGAACAAGAUUAUGGUUUAAAAAAGAUUAGCUAAGUUCAGAAAAUAAAUCUUCAAGUUUGCAUGUUUUGACAAGGACUACAUCUGGCUAAAUAUGCUUCCAAGGGAAUGUAUAAAGUCAGGAAAAUGGUGACAUUUCUAUUUUUGCCUUUCCUUUGGCCACGAUGAUCAGUUUUUGCCAUACAGUUGCAUGUAAUUUUUUACACUUAUGGACAUCAACCUGCCAGGUUAGUUUGUGUCUGUAUAAAAAUGUAGUUGAUGAAAUCAAACCCUCCCAACUUAAAAAUUACCUUGUACUAGUGGAUAUGCAAAACACCAAAGGAUGUCUUGGAAAAAAAUGUAAAAUGAUUAUUAAGAUAAUAUUAUUAAUUUUGUAGUCAACAAUAACAGUUAGACACUUGUGUUGAGGCAGACAAAAACAUUUUUCAGAGACCAUAGACCUUCACUGACUUUGCUGUUAAAACAAGUGGUAAAAGGGUAUUAAAAUGUGAGAUCACCUCCCUUGGCUUGCACUGAAAGAGAGUAUGGGUAGUAGGACACAUCGUUCAUUUCCCCACCCUUUUUAUGCCAAGAGACCUGAUUUUAUAACCCUGAUUCACUUCAGUUAGCAUACAGAAUUAAGUUAGCUUUUAAACUUAGAAAGAUGGAAAAAAAUGGUGGUACCAAAAAUGUAACUACAGACUGCUCUUCAUCAACCUUCACAGCCCAAACCGACAUCCUGUUCAAAACUCUAAAGGGUGAAAUGGUCACCACCCUAACUCAGCAGCACAUACCCAUCUAGGCCAAAUAAGCCAAAGGUAGUAUCUAGAAAGAACUGCUGAGGGGAUUGGGCUCAAGGGACAAUAACUUCUUUUGAUGGUUGAUAAAAAGUCAAUUUUACCUUGUUUAUUUUACUUGUAAAGCAGAUUCAUAACUUACACAAACAAUUGAAGUUGUACAUUUUUCAAGGUCCUUCUGAUUCUCUUUAUAAACUUUGCAAAACAUUCAAUUCUCUUUUUUCUGUUUCUUGUAAUUCAGUCCUUUGAGGGAUUUUCUCAAUGUAUACUGAGCAUACCCCUCUCUGAUGUACUCUGACUCUUAUUAGCAACUGGAUUAACCUCUUGUCCCCACACUCAGAUUCAAGUAUAAUUCAAAACUAUGGGGUAAUUUUUGUACAAAAAAUUUCAAGGAAGCACUUAAAACCGAAGUCACUAUCUAAUAUAAAACUAUUGAAUACGGUAUUACUGUUGGAGCUAUUUAUUGAUUAUCACUCAAACGAUAUUCCAGUUAAGGUUUUGAAGAUUCAGUAAGCCCUUCCCUGCAGCCUUUUGAUAUUAAAAAUAGCUUAUACUGACAGACCCAGUAUAUGUGAAGCAAAGUGAUUGGAACAUUUAACCUGGCUUUUACUAAAUUAACCCUGUAUUCAGUAUUUACGCCCACAAAUAUUUGUUGUGGCUCCCGGUGUACAAACAAACUUACGAACAGCGAAGUACAAAAUUGGUUUAAUGAACAUUCCCAUAUGACUGUUGCAAGACUCAUACUAUAAUGAGCUCGUAGCAUAUGUUUAGGAUAACGCAGAGAGUUCUUAAUACCACCGUAGGUGAAAAAAUAUAUAAGAGAUGGAGCAGGCUGCCCUGAGGCUGGUCGCUCGAAAAUUCACGAAGCUUAUAAAUAACUGAACUUGCCAAGGUGCCGAAUCACGAUGAGCGAAGUCACUCAUGAACUGUUCAUACAUCACGCCUCCAGAUGUCCAAAAAUUUCAUAAAAAAACUUCAUGAAAACCUUUUCUUGAUGUUUGAACGCCGUAAAACGUAAAACCGAGCAAAAACUCAUUAUCUUCUCCGCCAUAUUUGUUUUGAAGGAAAAUUGGUACUCAGUCUCACUCGGCCAAAUUUCUUAACAGGGGUGAUCACGUAAACUCGGUUCCAGACCUCGCUGCCAGCCCCCCUGCUUUCAACCCAUGCCUUAACUAGCCUGAGCGCGUUUAAUUUGCGUCUUCGGAUUAGCGGCGUGGUCUGAAUUACUCAGGUAUACUAUGUUCUAAGAGCAUGCACUGCAGAUGUGCAUUUAUCACUAAAGUUCUAUUACCAGCAGGUUCAAUAUUUGUAACUAUGGCUUUCAGUCCGACGUAUGUUAUUGUUGUCGCAGUAUACGAGUUUCAGAAUAAAUAUAUCUGGCUUCAAUAUGGCUCACGUCUGUGGACGAAAUUAGGUUCUUUUACGUCAAAAUAAGUCUGACAACGUCUGAAAAGGGCGGGCCAAACAAAUUAUUUAUUUCUCACUUCCAACUUCAUCUAUUCACAUGUUAUAAAGCCUUGAAGGAAAGAGGGGACUUAAUUCUGGUCUUAAGCCGAAUAGUACAUCAGUCCCGACGACAGCAUGAAUGAAUCAUCGAAGAACGAAAACAAUUGUUUUCUUCCCAUGGCUCAUGGUAUUGCGCUGAUCACAAUCAACGCUAUCGUCUGCGUUUUUGGAUCACUUGGAAACUUCCUUGUUUGUUUGGCCAUUGCUACAAAUCCUCACCUACGCCGAGCCUCCAACUACCUUCUAUUCAGCUUAGCGAUCGCUGAUCUAAUCGUCACUUUGGUAUGUGAGCCGCUCUUUAUUGGAGACAUCAUCCAGAGAACAUUCUUGUACGAUUGCAAAGCGGACCUGUACUAUAGGCUCUCCAUUUUAAGCUAUAUUUCAUGUGCCAGCUCAGUCUUACAUAUGGCGGCUAUCAGUGUUGAUCGAUUUCUUGCCGUUGCGUUUCCACUGAGACACAAAAACUUCAUGGAGAAAUGGGGACUUAAAGUUAUGCUUAUAGUAUCUUGGUCAAUUCCGGUUUUUAAGGGGAUUCUUGUACACGUUUUGUGGCAUGUCAUUCCGUUGCUUUCAUAUCGUGCGAGCCAAUAUCUCCUAUCUGGAACCUUUUUCGUCAGCUUCUUCUUAAUUUUGUUUUUCUACUUUCUGAUCGUGGUAUUUCUUCUACGUUACAAGAGGAAAAGAGAGCAACUCUGCGCAGCUCGAAACGUUUCUGUGAGACUGACUUCCCGCAUAGAGGUUCGUGUUACUUGUACACUGGCCAUCGCAAUCGGUAUUUUCACCGCUUGUUGGGCUCCCGGGUUUGCAGUCAGUAUCUUUGCCAGAAUGGAUAAAAAACUAUUUAUAAGGCCAAAAACCCCUUUGGGCAUGUGGAUUGCAACCCUGGCUCUGUCAAACUCAGCCAUGAACUUUCUGAUUUACUCUGCUAAAAUCCUGGACUUCAGAGAGGCAUACGUCAGCAUCAUACGAAAGAUGCUCCGCUUGUAG